AGUGUCACCUAAAUGAUUGAGUCUAGGUGUUUUACGAUAAUAAAACUUUUGGAAUAUUAAUAUCUGUUGAAAUAAACAGAAAACAUAUCAGAAGACUACAACAAGUACACGGUAAAAACUUGAAUGGGCCACUGAACUUGGAGAAAAACAUUUACAUGGAAGUGGCAAGCUAACAGCAACAAUGAAGCAGUCACCUUAAACAUAAAUAAAGAAUGCAGUACCAGGGAAGUGUUCAGAACUUGUCUCGUCAAACGAGUCAACAUUCACUAUCUCAACCACAAAGCCAUGACCAACAAUAUCAACAACAGUAUUCAUUAGGGAGACAAAGGGCAGGAGGUCAGCCUUCACCAUAUGUAUCACGCCGAGGAGAAGAUGACAGGCGAUCACAUGACCAAUUACAUCGUGAUGACAGAAAUGCAUCAAACAGUAGUUAUUUGGGCAAAGUGGAUAAUCUUGCUAUGGAAAGAAAUCAAAGACAUCCUGAACAAAGUUCAUUUCACAAUGAAUCUUUUCCUAGACAUGCUGCUGGUGACCAUUCCACACAUCAGUCGUAUCCACAGUACAGUCUUUCAAGUGAUCCAAGACAGAACCUGUCUUACGAAUCAAGAUCAUCAGAUCAAAAUGUACCUGAUGGAGUUCGUGAUAGGUAUGAUCCUAGAGUAACAAGACAUGCAAGUCAACGUUCUAUGAAUUAUCCAGAUUCAAGGGAACAAGCAGGACAAGACAUGUCAAGAGAAAGUCACAAUCCCAGUGUCUCACGUCAUGAAAGUCAGAGAUCAUUGAAUUAUCCAGAUCAACAGCAUCACCAGUCUUCUCAUGCAUCUCAUUCCCAUUUGCCAACAGAAUCUCCAUAUAUGUCUAGACGACAGGAACCAUUGUCUGCUAGACGUUCCCAAAGCCAGAUGUCUCCAGUGUCUCAAAGACAACAAGGAAAUUUCCCAAAUGUGUCAAAUCAACAGAUAAUAUCAGCCACUACCUUGCAGAGAGAUCCACCAUCUCGACAGCCACCAUCACCUCAUGAUGCACAGGGUCAAGGUUCAAGGUCACAGCAAGAUAUUCCACCUUCACCUUAUAUGUCUAGACAUCAGGGGGGUCCAGCAGAGUCACCAUAUAUGUCAAGACACCCCAGUCAAAGAUCAGUUGGACAGAGAAGUGACAUUCCUAAACAAUCAAAUGUUUCAAGACAUGAAAGUCAAAGAUCACUAGUUUCCCCUCAGUCCCAACCACCUUAUCAUGUAUAUCACCAUGAUGGUCACCAGCCAUCAUCUGCUACAAGCACAUUAAGUCGUCAACCUCAUUAUCAGCAGGGAGCACAACAAAAUGAAGCUCCUUCAGCCACAAGUACAUUGCUUCGUCAAUCACAUCAUCAGCAACCACCUCAUUUACAUGAACUCCCUUCAGCAGCAAGCACAUUGAGUCGGGACUACCAACAGUCAGGAAAAGCUCAUCAGUCUCAAAUUCAUGGAAGUCAAACUUCUAUAAGUAACAGGCCUGUUUACACACGACAAGAUAGUGGGCCUCCGCCUCCAUAUCAGAUUCACAAACGACAACAUUCCAGAGAUCAAGAGAGAUAUGGUGAUCAGGAGAAUAGUGAUACAAUGCGUCGUGAACAAAGUUAUCUUCAACAGUCAAUGAAUGAGGACCAAAACAAAAACAUUUCUCAAAUUGCAAGAUCUCAAAGUCAAGUAUCUCAUCACCGCUCAGGUGAUCCUAGAAUGACACCAAAGUUAUCACGUAAUGAAAGUGAAAGAUCAGUGGCACGAACACAGCAGAGUGGAUAUAGCCAACAUUCCAGAGCUAGCAGUCUUUCUAAUUCACAUCCAAUUCCUGAUGCCAGGGCAAUGGAAGCAUCACAUAUAAUUGACUUACUUGAAAAAGAAAUAGUCUAUCUUACAGGUGGUAGAGAUAGACAAGGAGGCCCAGUUGUAACUUUCCCACCCCACAGACAACAGCCAAACUUUAAUUCAGAAGAUAUCACCACAUGCAUGAACUAUCUGUCACAGAUACCAAGUGAAGAAUCAAAGAGAAGGGGAAUAACUGUUGUAAUUGAUAGUAGAGAUGGUUCCUGGUCCAAUCUGGUAACAGUAUUAGGAUGUUUAAAGGAAUCAUUAGGUGACUUACUUAAACAAGUACUGGUUGUGAAACCUGACAGUCAUGCUGAAAGACGUCCAAGUAGUAAUAGUUUUAGAAGGGACAGACCAAAUAUAGAGCCUCAGUUUGUUUCUGUGAAUCGUCUGUAUACAUUUGUUGACAGGAACCAGUUGACAGCUAUGUUUGAUGGCACCCUGUCCUAUCGUCAUGAUAUUUGGUUGAGAAAUAGACUAGACCUGGAGAAGUUUAUCAGAGAAACAAGAGCAGCAUCUAACCACUUAGACAAUGUAGAAUAUCAGAUACAUCAAACACUGAGCAGACGAGAACCGUCAAGUCCUUUAGAGUCAGCUAGACAACACAAACAUUUACAACAAGAAAUAUUACAUGUUCCUUCUCAAGUUAUCAGGGAUGGUAAGGAUCUGUUAAACAGAUUACACCAUCAAGAGGAAGUUGUAAUACCUCCUGGUGAGGAGGAACAUGUGAGUACCUUAGACCACCUAGAGGCACAGAAACAAGUGAAAAGACUGAUCCAAUAUAUGGAGAAUCGUAUUGAAAAGUUGGAGAAUCUGUUGGAGGACCAGGAUAGAUCAGUUAUCACUAAUCAGAAGUUUGAGGAUUUACAGAGACACAUCAAAGCAGUUUUGAGCUGGAUUUUAGGACCAGGAGAAAAAUUGUUGGCAUCUCAGACAGAUAUUGGGGAUUCUUAUGAAACAGCUGAUGUUUUAAGGAAACGACAUGAGGAGCUAGAAAUAAAGUGCACAGACACUUAUGGUCAGUAUGCUGAACUACGACAUAAGGCAGAUGAAUUGAUAGCAGAAGAUCCAACAGGAGCAGAAGACAUUAGAUCAACAAGAGAUUACAUGGAUACAGUGUUCAGGAGCUUUGCCAGCCGAUUAGAAAGACGGAGGAACUUGUUAAUUACAUCGGUUAGAUUCCAUAGGCUGGCACAAGAGUUUUCUAAGAAAUUAGAUGAUUUGUUGGAGUUGGUAUGUUCUGAACCAGAAUGUGAGGAUGUGAAAUCAGUAGAAAAAGAACUGAAAAUUCUGGAGGACAAAUGUGAUGCUAUAAAUUCAGCAGCACAGUCUACAUUGGGUGAUGGACAGAGUCUGUUGGAUGAGAUGUCUCGACCAAUUAAAAAUGCUUCCGGGAAAGACAUUACACCAGACUACUCACGUCAUAUCAAACACAUUAACCAAUCACUAGAGGAAUUACAAGAAAGAAAGUUACGAUGUGAUGAACUGGCUGAUGUUAGAAAACUCAAACUACAACAAAUACUCCAGCUGUGUACAUGUGAACAUGAUGCUGAACAGGCUAUAAUGUGGAUUUUAGAGUUAUGUCAAGUAAUGGCUAAUACUCAUACUAACAUGGGUAAAACUCAUGAAGAGGCAGAGAAGCUACAGAAUGAUCACAAAAAGUUUGAAUCAACUGCUCAGAGUACAUAUGAAUAUGGUAAACAGCUUCUGCAAGCAGCUUUGGUUCUCAGAAGAUCAUUAAGACAUGACCUUGAACCUAACAAUGAAAUGUCACAGAGGUUAGAAGAUGCAUGGUGGAAAUUCUCACAAGGCACAAAUGAAAGAGCAAAUAGACUCACAGUGUCUGCCAUGUUUUUGGCAUCAGUAGAAAAGAUUUUUGACAACAUUGAAAAGAUCUUGUUGGCUAUUUCACAGACAUUAUCAAGGGAACUAACUGUUCAUGAAGUAUUACAGAAGUUCACUCCCUUGAAACAUCAAGUUGAUGAGGAUUACAAGGAUACAAUGCAUAUGGGAAAGGCUUUGUUAGAAAGACUAACUUUACCUGUUGUUCAACAAGAAGGAAGACAAAUUCAAGAAGACCAAUCUGCUGCAGCAACCAUAAAUAGCAAACUGAGAAAACUAGAACAUAAGAAAGUGGACAUGGAUCGAUACUGGGGUGAAAUGGAAUAUACCAAACAACCACCACAAGUUGAUCAAGUGUUUUCUCCAAAGCGACAAAGAACAAUACCCACUAUUCCCAAUCGAACAAACACUGCAUUUGAUGAUUGUGACAAAUCUAUUUAUGAAGAACCAGUGCCAAAAACUCCAAAACGACCUUGGACAUCAGAAGCAAAUUUACAUGCUUCAAAUAUGCCUAGAAAUUUUAGGGCCCCAGCUACACAUGUUGAAUAUGCCUCAGUUAAACGUCCACAGAAUCAGUUACAAAGUAGUGACUACUCAGAAAUAGGUCCGUAUAAUCAACAACCAAGGAGAGAAAGGAGUAUAAGAAAAGACCAAAAUCAAUUACAAGCUAGUGCCCCUAACUUACAUUAUGCUGAAAUUGGUCCCUAUGGGACCCAUCAGCCACAAAGAAGUGAUGACAGUGGAAAACUUCAUUAUGCUGAAAUUGGACCUUAUGGACAAAAGCCCAUGGAUAGAGACACUACUCCUAGGCUUCAGUAUGCUGAAAUUGGUCCAUAUGACAUAGGAGAAAAAGAUGCCCUAAAACUUCAAUAUGCUGACAUUGGUCCAUAUAGUACAGGCCCACAACCACCAGUAGACAAUAGAAAAGAAGUACAUGGAAAACAAAGUGCACCUAAACUACAGUAUGCUGAGCUAGGGCAAUAUACAGACAGGAAACCAGUUACUGAUGAAAUGGGACAUGAUACAGCUCCUAAGCUCCAAUAUGCUGAAAUUGGUCCAUAUAAUACUGCCCAACAACAUAGAAAUGAAGACCAGGCACCUCAUCUACAAUAUGCUGAAAUGGGUCCAUAUGGGACAACACAACAGAGACCUGAAGAAGUUGAUAUACUUAAACAACAGCUAGAGGAGGGUGCAGAAUGGAUACGUGUGAGAGUCCAUCAGAUGGAGCCAGACCUAAUGGAAGUCGGCUCUACCUUGGAAGAGGCCCUGCAAUACAGACAAGAACAUCAUGAAAUGCUUAACAAACUCAAGGCAAAAGAACAAGAAAUCAAACAAAUACUCACAAGCGCAGACCAGUACGCAGCGGAAAAUACUUCGCAAACGGAAGUCUACGCAGCCAUGGCUGACACCCUAGGUGAAGCAUGGAAGGAACUUAACAACAAAUUGGAGUACAGAGGAAUACUUCUAGAUGACAGCGUUCAUUUCCAUCAGAGCGCAGCAGAUUUUUCGUCAAAGAUGGAGCAAGCACAGAGCAAAUUUUCGUCCACCUACCCGACACAAGAUGUCAACACAGCUCGCCGUUUGCUUCAACAACACCAAGAUAUCAAAAGAAGUAUCCUCGAAUCUUCAAAGACAACUCACGACAUAGGACAUUCACUAGUACGACGCAUCCAAGAUAUGGGUAUGCAUGCGGACUUACAAAACAGACAUGCCACAACUGCGGCAUGCUAUGGUAUAGAACAUGUAUUAGAACUACUACAAGAUCGAAGAAGACGACUCGAAGAAAUAUGGGAACAGCGCCGGAUACAACUGGAGCAAUGUUUACAACUGUGCCAGCUUGAUCAGGAGGUCAACAAAAUACUUGACUGGUUCCGGCAAACUGGUUUCAGUUACCUCCAGAACACAGAUCUCGGUGAUUGUCAUCAACGUUCCCAGAUCAUACAACAAGAACACUACAGAUUUGAGACACAAGCCAAAGAAAUACAAGAGACUGUCUUGCGGCUGGUACGAACAGCUGACCAGCUUCUCCGCCGGUCCAAACUGGAUGUCGAGGGCGUGAGACAAAGGCUACAGGCAGUUGACACAGAAUGUGAAAACUUUAUGAUCAGACUGGACACACGACGAAAGAACAUCACUAUGGCAACAUCAUUCUUUGAACAAACAGAAUCGGCUCUAACAAGAUUGGACCAGGUUGAAGUUCAGCUUAACACCAUGGACUUACCUAGGAACAGUGCAGAGCUAGCAGACAGGCAUUCACAAUUGUCUAAUGCCAUCAUGGAGAUCUCAUCUCCACCUCUACGUGAUGGUCGUAUCCUACUUGAGAGGGUCAGUAGGGACGACUGUGGAGCUGAUGGCAUCAGACGAUUACUUGCCCAACUGCAAGACCGCUGCACAAGACUGGAGUCCCUGUGCAAGGCUAGAAGGGCAGAGGCGUGGGAGAGAAGCCAGGCCUAUCUACAUUUCCAGGAGAAAUUUACCAGUUUGCAGACGUGGCUCCUACAAAUAGGUCAGGCUACUCUCAGUCGACAUGCAGACUUGGGAACUCGCCUUGAAUCAGCAGAGGAUUUCCUAGAAAUUCAUGAACAAUUAGACCAAGACAUAAGAGACAAGAAUUCAGAUUUAGAGGCCUUGUUUGAGGCAGGAGUUAACCUGGUCAAGUCAGGGGACCAGGAAGCUCAUAAUGCCGCAGAGAAGGUUGACACCCUGCACCAACAGAUGCAGAGAAUUCACCGUGUCAUAGAAUUCAGAAUAACCUUGUCUCUAGUCUAUCUAUCAUUCCACAAGAAAGUACAGCAGUUCCAAAAUAAUGCUGGAGGCUUGGAGCAUAUCUUGAAAUCAGAAAAGGAACAUUUACAAGAUUUGACAGACUCAGCUGUCCAGCACACACAAGAACUGUGGAACAUCACAUCACAACAAUAUCAUGAAGUGGAUGACAAAGGAAGAGAAUUCCUAAGCAAAACCUCCACAAUCAAUGAUGAUUCAUCAUUGAACAUUAAACAAGCUGUAUUGAUUGUGGAGAGAAUCAUGACAGAAACACGAGAAACCAUGACGACUUUGACAACCACAUGGGAGUCAUGGCAACAGAAAGUAUCCUCCAGCCGGCAGUUUAAAACCCAAUGGCACCAAUUUAUACAAGAUGCCAGAAAGUCUAUCGACAAGUGUAUGAAGAUGGAGAAAGAUUUCUUUUUCCCAAAUAUUGGUGGUUACCUUGGCAACUCAUCAGCUACUGCUGAGGAAAUGCAGAUAAAAUGCCAAGAGUUUGAACCUUUGUACAUGAAAGGGCUAGAAGAAUUGGAAAACCAUAUGACAACAGGAGAGAUGCUCCUAAUGAAAGGUGACACAAGAGGUCAACUGGAUCAAAUCAUGAAUGAACUGACUAAAGUCUAUCAUCGAUUUAAAGCCCGAAUACAUGAGUAUCAUAUACUGGUCAAAAUGACGAUACAAUUCUUCAGAAAUCUUGAUCAGUUGGACAAACUGAUAGAAAAGACUGAACAAGAAUAUAGUCUGUCUAACUUGCCGGCAGAUUUAACACAUGCAGAGAAAAUGUUGGAGGAACACAAACGUAAAAAACAAGAAGUAUCAAGUCUUAUCAACUACACCGCUGAUGAAGGAGAGAAAAUUGUUGUCAGAGUACGACAAACUGACGCCGAAGCGGCAGCACAAGAAGAUGUAGAGAGAGUGCUGAACGUGACAGCGGAGUAUAAACAGCGGUGGAAUCAGGCGUGGGAAGACCAAGAAAAACGCCUCAAACAGAAUCUCCAGAUCUGCCAAUUUAAUUAUGAUCUCAGGCAGAUUCACUCUGAGAUUGACGAACUACAUCACCAUUUACAAGCCAGACGUGGAAGCUAUGGCAACUCAUUGCCAGCAUCCAAAAUGACGUCACAGGCUUUCAAACAAUUUGAGAUGACAGUUGAGUUAAUUGAGAAGAAAAUCAACAAAUUUACAAGUACCGCCGAGUUGAUGGUGCAGGAUCAUCAUUAUGACUCCGCCCACAUCGGCAGGGAAAUUGAUAUGUUGAACACUAAAUGGACAACAUUCCAUAUGAGUGUACGUGAUUACAGAAAGAUGAUUGACACAUCCAUCGAUUAUUAUCAACUUGUUGAAGAGACUGAACAAUGGUUGAGAGAUGGAAAUAAUUUAUUAAAUGACAUUGGCCGUAAAAUCGUCCAGUGUAAGACCCCUCAGGAAGUUGAUGACCUCGUAAAGCCGAUGGACCAAUUCCUGCAGGAAGGCAAACCCAAACAAGAAGAGAGACUCAGAAAAUUAUCUGAGCUAGCUGUAGAGCUUUAUGGCAAUGAGGGCCCCAGUCAUGUGCAUGAUAUUUUUGCACAGAAUGAGGACUUGAUGCAAUCGCUCCAGCAGGCCAGUAAUCAAGUAUCUAAUAUUAAACACAACCUCCAAGAAAGAGAGGUUGGUCCCCCAGUCGCUGAACAAGCAAUUCAGCCGAUGGAAGUCAUGGUAACUGCCUCAGCACAGAGGUCACCCCCAAAAAUACUGAAACAUUUACAGAAUGCUGAAGUUGUAGAAGGAGAAAAAUUCACAUUUGAAAGUCAUGUGGAUACUCCCGUACAACCAACUGUUAUAUGGUAUAAGGAUAAUAUGCCAUUAAACAGUCCUGAUUAUGAGACUCGAUACAGUGAUGGCAUUGCCACACUCACCAUAGAAGAGACAUUUUCUGAAGACACUGCUCGAUACACGGUCAAAUUUAAUACCUACCUUGGAUCUGCAGAAUCUUCAGCUCAUCUUACUGUUAGAGAAAUGCACCAACAAAUUAUACCACCUGAUUUCACAAAGAAUUUGAAAUCAGUUGAUGUUUUAGAGGAUGCCCCAUUUGCAUUUGAAUGUCAUGUGACUGGUAUCCCAUCACCCACCAUAUCAUGGAAAAAAGACGAUUUAAGUAUUGACAAUUCACCAGAAUAUGUUAUGACUAAGAUCAAUGGCACAUGUUGUCUUAAGAUCCGCAAAAUAGGCCGUCAUCAUGGUGCCCGAUAUACAUGCAGGGCCAAUAAUCCUGGAGGGGAGGCUGCAUCAUCUGCCCGCCUUAAUGUAGUCCCUCUAGAUAGACCCGUGAUACAUCAGAUGACCAAUGAUAUAAGCAUGCCAGAAGGCAAAGGUUUCAAAAUAGAGGUCAUAUUCUCAGGGUCACCAACACCAGAGGUUGCAUGGUUCAGAGGUCAAGACAGAGUUGUACCAUCAUCUGUUUUUAAGAUCACAAUAGAAAUAAACAGAACCACAUUACAAGUAACAGAAGCCUACCCUGAGGAUUCAGGGGCAUAUACUGUCAUCCUACAGAAUGCUGCAGGAGAAAUACAGAAAACAUGUCAAGUUAAUGUAGAAAGUUUCUACUCAAGUGCUGCUGAGGAUAUGUCACAAGCCUCAGCAGAAAAUGAACCAAUGGCUCCUAGUUUUACUCAGAAACUUGCCCCAGCUAGAGAAGCUAUGGAAGGAAGCCGUGUCCGAUUGGACUGUGUACUUGUUGGACAUCCUGAACCAGAGGUUGUAUGGUUCCACAAUGAUAAACCUGUAAAGGAAUCCAAAGACAUACAGCUGUUGUUUGAAGGAGAUCGCUGUACACUGAGUAUCCAGGAAGCAUACCUGGAGGAUGCUGGUGUAUACAGAUGUGAAGCACGUAAUCCAUACGGAAAUGAUCAAACUGUUUCUAAAUUACAUGUAGAACCUCUGAGUGAAUUGAGUGAUGCUUCAGUAAAUGAGGCCACACCUCCAAAAUUCACACAAUUACUGCGUGAUCUGAAUGUCCAAUCUGGUCAUCGUGUAUGUCUACAGUGUCGGGUGACAGGUCAUCCAAUCCCAGAUGUCCAGUGGUUCAAGGAUGGCAAACCAAUAGAACUUGGACCUGAUUAUCAGGUGACAGCAUUUGCUGAUGUACAUAACUUGACAAUCCCAGAAGCCUUUGUUGAAGACACAGGAACUUACAUGGUCAAAGCUGUAAAUAUGGUGGGAGAAGCCAAGUCAUAUGCUAAACUCUCUGUAAAAACAACACCAGAACCAAUGGAGACAUCCGAAGUCAUGAAAAUGAGACAAAUGAUUCAAACCAAAGAAUCUCAGGAGACAAAGUUAGUGAAGAAAGAACUGGAACAAUCCCCUCCUGAGUUCCAAAGACUCUUCCAUGAUAUGACAGUUAAUGCUGGGGAACCAGUGAAUAUUGAGUGCUCAAUAUCUGGCAGUCCGAAGCCAAAGGUCACAUGGUAUUUCAAUGGAAUGCCAAUUGUGUCACGUGACUAUAUCAUCAGAAUGGAAGGUACAAGACAUACAUUACAUAUCCCAGAGACGUUUGAUGAGGAUUCUGGACGGUUUUCUAUUACAGCAGAAAAUCCUCUGGGCAAGGCAACCUGUUCUGCCUAUCUCUUUGUUGAAGAAGAAUCAACUAUACCUAAGACCAGAAUAUUUGGAAGUUCUGAAAUGACAAGACGUGUAUCAAAAACAGAAACAGUGUCUUCUCAUGAAACCAGAAUCAGUCGUGUCAUAGAGACACAGGAGACACAACCAACAUACAUACCAUCAUCAGAACAACAUAGCACAAGGAUAAUCACUGAUGUAACACCACAGUAUGAAAUGAGACCAAUUGAGACCAGAGAAACACAUGCUACCACACUAAAGACUGAUGUGAAACCAAAAUUCCAGCCAGUAGAUUUGACAAUUUCUGUACCUGUACCUCCCAAAUUUGUGCAGGCUUUGAAAAACAUAGAAACUAUGGAAGGAACUAGAGUCACAUUUGAAGGAGUUGUUUCAGGUAAACCAGAACCAAGUAUCAAAUGGUACCGUGAAGGAAAAGAACUUACAGACAAGGCUGACUUUGAGAUAUCAUACCAUGAUGGACGUGUAUCUCUCAAUAUACCUGAGGCAUUCCCUGAAGAUCAAGGCCAGUUCAAAUGUACAGCAAGGAACAUGGCUGGCCAAGCCUCAAGUUCAGCAGAACUUAUUGUCAAAGCAUCCAUGGUACCACCAUCAUUUAUACAGAGACCACAGACACAGAAUGUUAAGGAGGGAAAACCUGUUCGUUUCACUAUUCGUGUUGCUGGACAACCUCCCCCAGAAAUCACAUGGUAUAAAGAUGGAUCUAAGAUCACAAGUUCACCAGACUUUGAACUUGUCCAGGAAGAUGAUGUACACUCCUUGUUCAUCCCUGAAGUAUUCUAUGAAGAUGCUGGACAGUACACUGUUGAAGCUAAAAAUCCAGCAGGAAAAACUCAAUGUACAGCUAAUCUUAAGAUUGAAGUUCCAAUGGAAGAAUCAGUUCCUGAUAAAGCCAAGCCUGUAACUGAGGAGAGAUUUGAGCCUAAACGAGCUCCUGCAGCACGAUCUGCUCCAGAGGAGCCAACACCAAAAGUCAGGAAACUACAACUCCCAUCAGACUUUGUCAAGAGGACAGAAUCUCCCCGUGAAGUAUCACCUCGUGACCAGAGGUACAGAGAAGAAGUCAAAAUGGAAGUUGGUAGGAAACCAGAUAUGCCUACCUAUGAGCAAACCUUCAGACUACCUGCUGGAGAACCAGUACAAGUUACACCUAAACAGAAACCAAGAUUUACUCAGCCUCUACAGAACAAGAGUGUAGACCAAGGUGAGCCUGUUGUAUUUGAAGCUCGUGUAGAAGCUCAUCCAGAACCCAUUAUAAAAUGGUACAGAGAUGAUGUUGUUGUCAGAAGCUCUCCAGACUAUGAGAUAACCUAUGACAAUGGAGUAUGCAGACUUAGCAUUGCCGAGACAUUCCCAGAAGAUUCUGGUGUCUUUAAGGUCAUUGCUACCAAUGCUGACGGGUCAGAUACAACACUGGCCAAUCUACAAGUACAAAGAUCACCAAUCAUGUCACCAGUAAGUGAAGCAUUCAAAGCAGACAAAGCACCAACAAGGGAGGAAAGAAUUCCAUCCCCGAUUGAGCCUGAAGCUCCACGCUUUACACAAAUACCUCAAAACCAAAAACUCAAAGAAGGCACCAAUGCAGUAUUUGAAUGUACUGUAACUGGUAAACCUUUCCCAGAUGUAUCCUGGAGAAAACGUGGAUUCCCAAUCAGGGUUAGCCAAAGAUACAGGAUAACAAUAGAUGAGAAUACAGGAAGAAUUUCUCUGACUAUUGUGAACUGUAAACCUGAUGAUGUUGGACAGUACACAUGUACUGCUGUCAACCUAAUGGGACAGACAGACACCACAGCCACACUUAUACCAUCAGAAGAAAAAAUGGCACCACCACCUCCAGCACCAAAGACAUGGCAACCAAUGGUAACAGAACAACCACUUAAACCAUGGCAACAACAACCUGAAAUGACACAGCAGCCAACAAGACCAUGGUACCAGCAGCCAGAUAUCAAUCAGCCGCCAGUAAAACCAUGGCAACAACAGCAAGAGAUGGCACAACCUCGUAAACGAUCAGAUUUCUUUGUUCCAAGAUCUGAAAAAAUUCUUGAGAGCAACAUACAAUAUAGACUGUCUCAGGAAAGAGAAGUCCCUAUUGUAACAUCUACUUUGGAAUUUACUCCAACUGGAUUUGAACAAAGUUUGAUGCAGAGACAGUUUUACAAAGAAGGCCAUAUCAAGUUCUCCAGUGAGACUGAGACAUCUGAGUAUGAAUCUGAUGUGACAACAGACAGAGUACAACCAAGUGCUCCUGCACCACCCAAAAUAGUGCAGGAACUCAAAGACUUUAGAUUACUUGAAGGAUCUGAUGCAACAUUUGUUUGUCGCAUCACAGGAAGACCACGUCCAAAAGUAGCAUGGUAUAAAAAUGGCCAGAGAAUAAAACGUAGCACUCGUUACGAGAUGAAAUAUAAUAAAGAUGGCUACAGUACAUUACGCAUCAGAAUGGCUUUACCAGAAGAUGCUGGACAUUAUACAGUACUGGCUGUGAACUCUUCAGGAAAAGACACAUGUUCUAGUGAACUGUAUGUGGAUAGUGUAGGAAAUAUUGAUUCCACAUCAUUUGUAGGAAAGGAAGCCUUAGACAAAAUUCUUGGAGUUGACAAAGAUAAGGACAAGCGCCCAGAAGAAGAGGGAGGCAUCAUGGAGGCCUUAUCUAGACCCCUGUUUAAGAAAGUCCCAGAAGACCGGGAGGUCAGAGAGGGUAACACUGUUAGAUUUGAUACCCUUGUUUCUGGACGACCAGCUCCAGAAUUGACAUGGUACAGGGAUGAUGUACAGGUUCAUAAUGAUGACCAACACAAGAUUGUGGUGAAUGAAGAUGGAGUGAACUCCCUGAUAAUUCUGGCUGCUUCCAGAAAUGAUUCCGGACAUUAUACAUGCCUGGCUAAUAACAAGGCAGGUGAAAACUCAUUUACAGUGGAGCUUAAAAUACUAGAAAAAGAACAAAUGCAACCGCCCAGAUUUGUAGAAAGAAUACAGAACUUUAAUAUCCGAGAAGGUCAACCAGUGACCUUGAGAUGUCAGGUGAUUGGUAUACCUCAGCCAAUGAUAAGUUGGCAGAAAGAUGGCAAGAUGUUGAUCCCGAACAAACCUUACAGGAUUGAUACAGAAGGAGGCAGAUCUACACUGACAAUUGAUACAGUCGAACCAUUUGAUUCUGCCUGGUUCCAGUGCUCUGCUGCUAAUGUUGCUGGAACAGCUACAACUAGAGGAAAACUGACAGUCAAAUCUGAGGGUAAGAAACCAGAGCCAAAGAAGAAAAUUACCAUUCAAAAGAAACAAGUAUCCCCAGUUAAAGAAGUGCCAGAGCCUGCACCUAAACCUGUGGUCCUUAGGCCUACACCAAAACCACAGCCGGUCACACCAAGAACAGAUUCACCACCACAUUAUGACAUCCAAAAAGAGGGCUUUGUACAACAGAUUUCCUAUGUAACAGAGGGUGCUAGUGCUACUCUUAGACUGGUUCCUGAUGAGGAAGCUAAGAGAAUGUUAAGUGAUACUGAGCCAAUGGAAACUGCUCCAUCUCAGAAGUUAAUUGAACAAUCACCAUUGGCACCACCAAGGCCACCACCACCAACACCAGCCACAAUGUCGGCUGAAUCAUCACCUAUACCUAAACGAAGAAGACUUGGAGCUAUGCCUCCUGAGGAAAAGGUAAGCCCUGCCUGGGCCCCUCGACCUCAUGCUCCUCCUACUCAACCAGAACAACCAAUGGAGGUUGAGGAAGAGAAUAUGCCUCAGUCAGUGGCUGAUGCCAAAAGAAUGUUUGAGACACCAGAAGAAACAAUACCACCAGCUAAAGCAGCUCCAGUCCAUAAGCCAACACCACCGGCUCCUAAACACAAGGUGCCAGAAAAGAAACCAUCUAAAAAGAGAGUAAAACUACCAAGUCCUCCAAGUUAUGAAAUAGAAAGAGAAGGACCAGUACAGGAAAUCAGUUACGCCUCGGAAACAGAAUCAGGAUACUUACGUUUUGUAUCUGAGGAUGAAUUAGACACUCCUAAGAAAAUAAUACCAGCACAAAAACCAGUACCAGCACCACAACGUAAACCAGUACCAGAAAAGAAAUUGUUAUCUGAACAGAAAUGGGUACCAGAGAAGAAACUAUCACCUGAACGUAAACCAGUACCAGAACAGAAACUGUUACCAGAGAAGAAACCAGUAGCACAACAGAAGCCAGCCAAGAAAAGAGUCAAACUUCCAUCUCCUCCAGGUUAUGAGAUUGAGAAGGAAGGACCAGUACAACAGAUAAGUUAUGCCUCAGACACGGAAUCAGGAUAUCUACGUCUUGUGUCAGAGGAUGAACUAGACAGAUCAAGAGUUCAACACAGAACAGAGAAAAGAAUGUUUUUGGAGGCACCUAAGAUGCCAAAGUUAGCUCCAAAGCCAGUUAGGUUCAUAAAGAGGCAAGAAAUAGUGGAAAAAAAUCCACUUAAAGCUUCUUCAUUGCCACCAGAAACUAAACCUAAACCAGCCCUUAAAAAGCCUUCUGCAGCACCCCAGAUACCAAAGGUUAAACAUGUAGUUAGGAUACAACCUCCAGAAGGUUACCAGUAUACUGAUUCUGAUAGUCAUUAUGAGAUCCAGGAAAGAGGACCAGUCCAAGAGAUACAUUAUGUCUCUGAUACUGAAGCUGGUACCCUAAGACUGGUUCACACUACUGAGGAUGAGUCUGACAGAAAUGAUGACUUACAGCCACCAUAUCAGCCAGAGAUUCCCUUCUCAUUACAGACAAAAUAUGAACAAACCAGGUAUAACAAACCAUUGUCUCCGAGGGAGAAAAAGAAAGCCAAGAAGCCUUCACCACCCAAAGAGCAGAUUCCAAGCCAAGAGACUUAUCCCCCUUGGAUGGUUUCUACGGAGACAAAACUUGACCAAUCAGUGACAGUUACUGGCAAGCAUAAAGCCCCAGAAAUAACAGACAAAACAUAUCAAACAUCUAUAUCAGUAACAAAAUCAGAAGAUGAAGGAAAAGACACAUCUCUACCAUGGGCUGUGACUGAUACUACUGUUGGGAAAAGGACAGUUGUAACUAGUAAGAGAAUAGGACCAAAACCUUUUGACAAAACAUACACUGUAUCAUUAGAUGCCCAAGGAAGACAACCAGAGGAAGGGACUGUACUUCCCUGGGUAAAGGAUUCUAGGGUUGAGAAAACCGUUCAGAUCACUGGUGAAAGGCAAGGUCCUAAACCUUUUGAUAAGACAUAUGAAGCUACCAUGGUAAUCCCAAAAUGCCCUGAUGAAGUUGAUUCUAGUACUUAUCUACCAUGGAUUAAGGAUACUACUGUUGAACAAACUACCACAAUCACAGGGGAAAGAAAAGUACCAAAACCUUCAGACAAAAAUUAUGAAACUUCAGUCACAGUGGCCAAGAAACCAGUGCAAACAAAGAAAAAGCCUGGUGUAAAUUUACCCCCAUGGGUCAAAGAAACUGAAGACAAAACAUAUGAAUCAUCAGUCAAAGUGCCAAAGAAACCAGUUGAAUUGAAGGAAAAACCUCACAUAGAUUUCCCCCCAUGGGUAAAGGAAACUCAAAUUAAACAAACUACUACUCUUUUUGAAGAAGGUAAGAAAGGACCAAAACCAUCUGAUCAGUUGUACGAAUCAUCAGUCACAGUGCCAAAGAAACCAGUUGAAUUGAAGGAAAAAACUCAUAUAGAUUUCCCCCCAUGGGUGAAGGAAACUCAAAUUAAACAAACCACUACAGUUAUGGCAGAAGGGAGGAAAGAACCACAGCCAUCAGAUCAAUUGUACGAAACAUCAGUCACAGUUGAAACAAAGCCCAAUGAAACAAUCAGCCAACCUGCAGUUACCUACCCACCAUGGGUAAAGGAAACUGAAGACAAAACAUAUGAAUCAUCAGUCACUUUGCAAAAGAAACCAGUUGAAUUGAAGAAAAAACCUCAUAUAGAUUUCCCCCCAUGGGUGAAGGAAACUCAAAUUAAACAAACCACUACAGUUAUGGCAGAAGGGAGGAAAGAACCACAGCCAUCAGAUCAAUUGUACGAAACAUCAGUCACAGUUAAAACAAAGCCCAAUGAAACAAUCAGCCAACCUGGACUUACUUACCCACCAUGGGUCAAGAAAACAGAUGACAAAAAAUAUGAAUCAUCAGUCAUUAUGCAAAAGAAACCAGUUGAAUUGAAGAAAAAACCUCACAUAGAUUUCCCACCAUGGGUGAAGGAAACUCAAAUUAAACAAACCACUACAGUUAUGGCAGAAGGGAGGAAAGAACCACAGCCAUCAGAUCAAUUGUACGAAACAUCAGUCACAGUUGAAAGAAAGCCCGAUGAAACAAUCAGCCAACCUGGACUUACUUAUCCCCCAUGGGUUAAAGAUACAAAAGUUGACAAAACUGUCACUGAAGAAAGAGUUCCUUUGUCACUAGAGGAACAGUACAAGACCUCUCUCAGUAAAAAACCAGAGGUAAAAAUGAAACCAAAAGUUCAGUAUCCACCAUGGAUGAAAGAUACAGAGAUUGACAAAACAACAACUAUUACUGCAGAAAAGAAAGUUUGGAAACCGAUCGAGAAAAAGUUUCAGACCUCUGUAACAACUAUUCCUCAGACUGAAACCCAGCAAAAACCUGAAGAGCAAUAUCCACCAUGGGUAGUCAGGGAUACAGAGGUUGAUAAAAUGACAUCUGUCACUGCAGAAAAGAAAGUUUGGAAACCAAUGGAGAAGAAGUUUCAGACAUCUGUAACAACUGUUCCUCAGACGGAAGAGCAGGGUAAACCUGAACAGGAAUAUCCACCAUGGGUAGUCAGAGAUAAAGAGGUUGAUAAAGUGAUAUCUGUCACUGCCGAAAAGAAAGUUUGGAAACCAGUAGAGAAAAAGUUUCAGACCUCUGUAACAACGGUUCCUCAGACUGAAGACCUACCUGAAGAGGAAUAUCCACCAUGGGUAGUCAGGGAUACAGAGGUUGAUAAAGUGACAUCUGUUACUUCUGAAAAGAAAGUUUGGAAACCGAUUGAGAAAAAGUUUCAGACCUCUGUAACAACCGUUCCUCAAGUCCAAGGUAAACCAGAGGAUGAAUAUCCUCCAUGGGUCAUCAGGGAUACAGAGAUGGAUAAGACUGUGACAGUGUCAGCCAUGGGAAAACAAACAAAACCAAAAGAUGAAACCUAUAAAACAUCUGUUACUGUUAAAGGCAAGGGAAAAUACCCAGAAGAAAAAAGAGAAGUGACUGAAAAGAAAAUUCAGCUGUUUCCAGGACCUCUCCAGAAAGGGAUGGUUCUGGCAGAGAAAAAGUUAACAAUACCACUUGUACCACCAAAGCCAGGGAAAUCUGCUGACACUGAAACACGAGUAAUGUCUGCUGAAAAACCAGGUGGCAUUGGAGUAUAUGAAACUGAAGAAUCAACUAGAACUGUUCUUGAGAAAUUUCCUAUAGUUCCACCUAAACUUGUAAUACCAGUUGAAGAACUGAAACUGACUUUGUCAGAUUUAGACACAGAAAAAGUUAUCUGCCCUUAUCCUCAAGAUGAAGAUUUCAUGUUUUUGGAAGCUGUGUUUUCAUCACCAUGGACACCUACAACAGAUACUGUCCAAGAAGCUGUAAUAAAACUUGAACAGAAACCCUACCUGAGGGAUCUGGACAGAGAAAGCGCUGUACGUGAAUUCAUUCGCCGUGAAGGUGAGACACCAGCUGAGGAAGACAUUUACAACAAAGAUAAACAACAAGCACCAAAGUUUAAGACGCCUCUCAAAGACCUGACAAACCUAAAGGAGAAUGACAAAGCCCACUUUGAAUGCAAAUUAGCACCUUAUGGUGCUCCUUUGAUGAAAGUAGAAUGGUAUAAAGAUGGAGAACCACUUCAUCAUGGUCACAGAUUUAAACCAUUGUAUGACUUUGGAUUUGUUGUCUUGGACAUCAAAUACGUUUUCCCAGAAGAUUCUGGAACUUACACAUGUAAAGCUACAAACCAAUAUGGUGAAGACGAAGUGUCAUGUGUUGUCAAGGUUAAAGGCAAGAGAGCAGUUAUUUCUGACACACAGUUGCCAGGAGAAGGCGCUAUCAAACUACAGGAAAUGGAGGAACACUGGAGAACUCCUAUGAUACUAGAUGAACAAGAAUUGACUGAACCAAAGAAGAAACGACACCCACCAUCUAUAGAUCUCAAACCAGAACCCAUAGAAGUCGCUGAGGGUGAACCAGCUAAAUUCAUGGUCAAAGUUAGUGGCCACCCACGACCUCGUGUCACAUGGUGGGUCAACGAAACUCAGAUCAUGGCUGGAUCAAGAUUCCAAGUACGAUACGAUGGUAUGAUGCACUACAUGACAAUUCUAAAAGUUCGGGAAUACGAAGCAGGACAAGUCCGUGUUGUCACAAAGAAUUCUGAAGGUGAAGCCGAGGCUAGUACAACCUUGUCUGUGGUACCCAAGGAUGAUUGGAGGUCAAAACUCAGACAAGCUCCUAAAGGAGAGCUUGAAAUUGAAUUAGACAGAAGACACAAGAUUGAACUGAGAACACCUGAAUUGCAAAAGGCAUUUGAAAAACCAAGAGCUACUGAAUUCCAACUUAAGCAAAUUGAAAGAGCUGCAGAAACUAGAGUCAAAAUGAAACAUGACAAAGAAAUAAGAAAAACCGAAUAUGUCAGCAUUUCUAGUCAGUACAGACAGCUUCCACAAGAAAUACCAGCAGCCAGAGCUGUCAGACAAGAUCGUCCAGAAAUACAGAUUGACAUUCAGAGAGCUAAAAUUAUUCCUGUCAUGCCAGAACAGCAACCAGAGGAGUCCAAGAUGUCGGAGACAUUUAUUACAUUGGAAAGACGAGAACCUCCUGUCUUUACCAAGCCACUCAGACCUUCCAGAAUAACGGAAGGAAAACCUGUCACGUUGGAGGUCCACUAUAAAGGUUUCCCACCACCAAUCAUAUCAUGGUAUCGGGAUAACUUUGAGAUCCAACCAUCACAUGACUUCCAGAUAAACACAACAGAGACCGUGAGCACACUCAGUAUUCCUGAAGUAUUCCCAGAAGAUACAGGAAUGUUUACUGUCAAAGCUUACAACAUGUACGGCACAGUACAAUGUAAAGCUAAACUCACCGUCAUAGAAGAAGAGGAACCAGAAAGAGACCAGCCCCCAGAGUUCAGAAGUCUGAUCAGAGAUACUAAUUCACUAGAGGGAGAACCAGCCACAUUUGAUUGUCAAGUUUCUGGACGUCCUAAACCAACUGUUCAGUGGCAAAAGGAUGGCCAUUCAAUCCCAGACAGUCCUCGAACCAAGUUUAUUGAGGAAGAUGAGAAUAACACCUUCCUGAUUUAUGAGGUUAAACCUGAAGAUGCUGGACAAUACAGUUGUGUGGCCUUGAACCCAGUUGGCAAGGCUACAUGUACAGCUAGACUUAAUGUAGAAUUGCCAGUUGGACCACCAGAAACAUUAGAGGCACCAAAGCCCAUAGAACCAGUAAAGGCCCCUACUGUUGUAGAAGGUCCAAAGAAUAAUGUAGUUGAUGAGGGAGAACCUGCCACUUUUGUUGCAAAGAUAUCAGGCUACCCAGUUCCAGUGGUGACAUGGUACCGUAACAACCAGAUUGUGAAGCCAUCCAAGUAUUUCCAGAUGGAAACAACACCAGAAGGGACACACAGCCUUAACAUACUGGAAGCUUUCCCUGAAGACACAGGAACAUACAGAUGUGUUGCUAGGAACAAAGCAGGGGAAGUAACCUCAUCAGCCUUCCUCAAAGUUCAUGGAUUGGAGAGUGAGACAGAGCAGCCACAACCAACUACUGCCCAGAAACUACAACCACCAAGCAUUACUAAACCAAUCACCAACACACUAGUGGUGGAAGGAAGUGGUGCUAAGUUUGAAUGUCAGUUCUCUGGACAACCACAGCCAGAGAUCAAAUGGCUGAGGAAUGGUCUACAGGUUAUUCAGGAUUCCAGAAAUUACAAGAUUGAGAGAAACCCUAACAGUACAGUAUUAACUAUCAAAGAGUCUUUCCCAGAGGACAGUGGACUGAUCACAUGUCGUUUGAAGAAUGCUAUAGGAACAACAGAAUGUUCUGCAGAGCUCUAUGUACAAGACACUGAAGAAGCCAGACUUCUGGAGGAGAAAUACAUUACCACAAUCAAGACAACACCACCAGACUUUGUCAAAGCUCUUUCUCCAGUUACAGAGUUCCAACCAGGAGAAACAGCCAAAUUGGAAGCCACCAUCAAGGCCUACCCACCACCAAGGUGUACCUUCUAUAUCAAUGGACAACCUAUUGUACCAACACCAAGACGUAACAUAGUACGGGAAAAAGACACAGUCAUUCUUAUAAUAAUCAAUGCCCAGAAGGAGGAUGAGGGUGAUUACCAGCUGAACGUGGAGAACGAAGUUGGAUCUGUUACCUGUAAAACAACUCUUACCAUGGCUCCUAAAGAGAAAUUCAUUGAAAUAGUUCCUAAGACAGAGACUUACACAAUGACUGAGACCACCACAACUGUCACACGUGAGGAACGUGUUAUACAGCAAAUGGUGAAACCUGAGUUUGUAACCCCACUAGAACCAGAAAUAUAUGUUAGGGAGAGAGGCAUAGCUAGACUUGAAUGUAAGAUUGGUGCCUAUCCUCCACCACUGGUAACAUGGUAUAUCAACGGUGUGGAGGUUGUACCAUCACCUCAUUAUGAAGUAUUGAAUGAGGAGGGUAAGACUACCUUACUGAUCAUAGAGGUAGGACCAGAGGACACGGGAGAGUACACAUGUAGAGCUGUAUCAGAGAUAGGAGAAACAACAUGUAGCUCUACACUAUAUGUACAAGAGCCAGCAACAGAGGAACUAACUAUACCAAAGAGACCAACUGACAUGGCAGAAUUACAGCCAUCACCAACUGAGUCUCUCCACCCACCCAAAUUUGUCAAACCAUUACCAUCAUUAGAAGCUGUUGAUGGUCAGGAACUUAGUAUCCCAUGUAAAAUCAUUGGUAAACCUCCACCACAGAUUUCAUUCUUCCACAAUGGCAAAAACAUUGACCAGGAUGAUGAGUAUGUUAUAUCGUACAAUCCUGACACGGGCGAGAUAAAUCUACUGAUCGUAGAAGUCUUCCCCGAGGAUGAGGGAGAGUAUGUCUGUAUUGCUCAGAACCCUGUGGGUGAGGCAAGUACUAGGUCAUACCUAACCAUUGUAGAGACAGGAGUGGAGCCAUAUACAACAGAGGAGGAAACCAUGGAUAUCGAGGAAGAGGAGGUUGUACCCCAGGUUGUAAAGAGGCCACAAGCACCUGUUGAACUCAAAUCAUAUGAAGUAGAAGAGAUGGAAGUCACACCCACCAUCAUUGACAGGCCAAAACCUGAGCCACUGGUCAAAGAAAAACCACAUGAAGAAUCUCCUGAAAGGGAGAGAAUUCAACCAGUAGAAAAAACUAUACUGAAACAACCUGUUGAGGAAGUUGGUGAAGUUGUUGAAGAAGAAGCAAUUCAACCAGCCAAAAUACCAAAGAAGGAGUUACCUCCCUUCAAACAUGUAGCAGAAACUGAGGAAGAACAUAUUGUCCCAGAAAUGAUUACCAAGAAAAUUGUUAUUCCUGACAAGGAAUUAUCAGACAAAUUUGACAAAACUGGAGGUCAACCUAUAGGGGAACCAGCCAAACGUAAACCAGACCUUGUUCCUGAAUAUGACACAAUGGAGGAGGCACAGGCUAUUGAGGAAGUGCCACCUGAAUUCUCAGAUUUACUGAAACCACAGAUCAUACAAGAUGGCAAUGAAGUUACCAUGACCUGCACAGUGGUUGGUAUUCCAACACCAGUAGUCAAAUGGUACAAGGAUGAUCAUCAGAUCAUUCCAAGUACUGAUUUCAAAAUAGAAUUUGAGGAGAACACUGGCGUAUGCAAACUUACAAUUCCAGAAGUUUUCACAGAUGAUACUGGUGUAUAUGCAUGUGCUGCUAAAAAUCCAUUUGGUGAAAGUGUAACAACGGCUAAUUUGGUUGUCCAACCUACUUCAGAUGAAGAAGAUGAAGAAGAGAUGGACAUAUCAGUAGGCCCUGACAGACAUGUCACUAGAAUGGAAAUGUCACCAGAGUUCAUACGACCUCUGAUACCUGAGACUAGAGUACCUGAGGGAGAUAUAGCCAGGUUUGAAGUUGAGGUCAGAGGUGAACCACAACCAACAGUGACCUGGUAUAAAAAUGAGGUCAAACUUCAACCCACUGAUAAAGUAGUUGUGACUGAAGAAAACAAUAAAACAACACUGAUUAUUCAUAAUGUUAAUCCCGAGGAUGUUGGUGAUUACAUCUGUGUGGCAGAGAAUGAGAGAGGCGUGGUUACAUGUAAAUCUACUCUUGUUAUCAAACCUGUGAAGAAAGUAGAAUUUGUAUUGCCAACUGAUCAGAAACCAGAUGAAGAAGAGACUGUACCAAAACAACCUGAGGAAUUCACCCCUCCAGAAUUUACUGAGCUUCUCAAGCCAAAAACUGUUAAUGAUAGCUCAAGAGUUGAACUGAGAGUGCAGUUCCUUGGCAAACCACAGCCUAGAAUCAUCUGGUACCACAAUGGAAAAGAGAUAAAACCAAGUCAUGACUUCCAGAUCAUCAUUGACUACAGCAAGAAGGAGAGUAUUCUGAUUAUUGUGGAAGUCUUCCCAGAGGAUGAGGGUGAAUACACUUGUACUGCCAGGAAUCCAUAUGGAGAGUCUAUCACAUCUUGUCGACUUGUUGUUGUUGCUCCAGAUGAAGAAAUUCCAUCAGAAGAGUACCAUAGAACUACCAUUGAAGUACAGCAGUUGUCACCAGAAACUGAAAGACCUAUUCCUGUCCUAGAGCGCCAUAGAUCCAGGAUUGAUAUUCAACCAACAGAAGAAAUGCAACCCAUUAUUAUACCUGAGGAUACAAGCUAUAUUGAGACAAUAUCUCUUGAUAAGGUGCCAACAGUCACACAACCAUCGGCGAAACCAACAGCCUUUGAAAUACAAAUUGGCUUUCCACAAGCACCAAUAACAACAUCAUCUGUAAUCACAGAGACUACAACAUACACUCAGGUUACUACAGAAACAUUCCAAGAUGAAGAGGACAUUCCAAAAAUUGUUGAAGGUGACUCGAUUCAUACGACAAGAGUCACAGUAAACAAAGAAGACGAAAAGAAACCUGUGGAAGUUAUUGUACAAAUGCCUGUUAAAGGCCCACAGGAUGUUACAGAAGUAACAAGAGAAACAAGAACAAUUACCACUGAGGAAAUCCGUGCUGUUCCUAUGGAGGAGAUAGAAGGUACAACAGAGGUACAUACUGAAACUAUUGAAAUUGUGCCUGAAGAGCAACAGGAAGUUCAAUUUCAGGUUACAAUUCCAUCAAAGGAAGUUCAUAAAACUGAAAUCAUCACAGGAAAAGAAAGAAGGCCUUCAGCACAAAAAAUUGAAGUGGAAGUUCAUAAAACAACAAUGAAACAAAAACCAACUGAAAUUAUUGCUAAAGUUGUUAAAGAGGUCAGUGGGACUGAAAUUGAGGUCACUGAGAUGAAAGAUAUACCACGUCCUCAAGAUGAACAAAUUGAAGAAAUUAGACAAACAAUUGAAAAACCUCAGGAUGAAGAAAUUAUCCCUAUGGAAGAAGUUCCAGAAGAAGGGAAACCUCAGGAAGAAGAAAUUAUCCCAAUGGAAGAAGUACCAGAGGAAAGGAAGCCUAUUGUGGAUGAAAAGACAGAAAUUACGAUUCCUAUGACUAAAGAAAUUCAAGAAGCUGUUGAAACAGUGAUAUCAAAAACUACCAUUGAGAAAAAGAAACCUGCUGUUGAUAAACAUUUUAAAGAUGAAAUUUCUAUUGAAGUCAAACCAGAGGAAAAACUUCCAGAAGAACAAAGAGUUGAAAUCUUGUUAGAUAUAGCUGAUCAACUUACAAAGGAAGAAAAAGUUGAAAUUGUUGUUCCUGUCCCUGAAGAAAAGGAAGAAGUGACUGAAACAGUUGUCACAGAAGUCAAAGUUGACAAGAGAGAGAAGCAUAUAGAAGAAUUAACAAUGAAUAUCAUGGGAGAAGCCAUGAAAGAAGUACAAUUCGUUCUUCCUGUAAAACCAGUUGAAGAAGAAAAACCCAAAGAACAGACUGUAGAAGAAGUUACUAUACAGACUGUCAAAGAAGAAUUUACUUUUGAAGUUCCAGAGACUGAAGAAGUACAGAAAGAGGAGACAACUCUUGAGAUUCAGGAAGUUCCUGGAGAAGAAUUUCAGAUUGACAUCAAAAUGGAACAACCUGAACAGGAAGUACCUGUUGUUAUGGAAGUGUCUGAAGUUGAAUCAGUUACAGAAACAUCAUCUGAAACUGUUACACUACCUGAGAGUGAACAGGAAGUUCCUCAGGAGCUUACCAUCCAGAUUGAUGACAAACUUGAGGAAGAGGUCAGCUUUUCCUUUGCAAUUGAUGAUACAGAAACUACAUCAGUGGAGUCAACAAGAACUACUGAGGUAACUGAGGAAACCGACACUCAAGUUACUUUUAUAACCACUGAUGUGGAAGAAACAAAACAGCAGGAUAUAACAUUUGAAGAGGUGCCAACAGAAACAACAGAACUAGUCAUCCAAACAACAAAGGAAACUGAAGCACCAGUUGCCAUGGAAACAACUGGGGAGGAAAUGUCAUUCACUUUCAAAGCACAACCUUCUGAAUCUGUUGAGUUUUCUAUGGAAGGGCAACCAGAAAAAGAAACAACUGAACAAGAAAUAACAACUUUUACAGAGGAAACUGGUACUGAAACUGUUGAAACAUUUGAGCUACCAGUAUCGCAGGAUACAUAUACAGAAGAAAUGACUCUUAAUAUUGAAGGUCAACCAUCUGAAUCUGUUGAGUUUUCUUUAGAAAUACAACCAGAAAAAGAAACAACUGAACAAGAAAUUACAACUUUUACAGAGGAAACUGGUACUGAAAGUGUUGAAACAUUUGAGCUACCAGUAUCGCAGGAUACAUAUACAGAAGAAAUGACUCUUAAUGUUGAAGGUCAACCAUCUGAAUCUGUUGAAUUUUCUUUAGAAAUACAACCAGAAAAAGAAACAACUGAACAAGAAAUUACAACUUUUACAGAGGAAACUGGUACUGAAAGUGUUGAAACAUUUGAGCUACCAGUAUCGCAGGAUACAUAUACAGAAGAAAUGACUCUUAAUGUUGAAGGUCAGCCUGAAGAAGAAUUUGAAAUGACUUUAGAAUUCCCAGGUCCUGAAAAACAAACUACAGUUAUCAAGGAAACCACAACUACUGAAGUUGUUGGUAAUAUCGGAGAGGCCUUCACAUUUCAAUUACCAGAAAGUGAUGAAUCAACAAUUCAAAUUUCAACAAUUGAAACAGAAGAAAAGCCUCAAGAAGAAAUUGAAAUGACCUUUGAACUUAAUGAUCAAGAGGUUCCAGAGGUGACAGAAACAACUCUAAUGGAAACAACCUCUGAAAGCGUCACAGAGGAAGUGACAUUUGAACUAUCUGAAAUAGAAGAAACUGACAAAGGAGAGGUCACUCUUGAUGUUGAGGACAAACCUAAAGAGGGAGUCAAACUUACAUUAAAAAUGCCUUCUAAAGAAGAAGAAAGUGUUGCCAAAAUUGUUAUUACCCAAGAGGAGAUUACCGAAACAUCUGAAAUGAUAGAUAAGGCCACAACAACACAGGAAAUAUUUGAUGUAGAAAUUCCUGAAGGCCAUAGUCCACCAGAAUUCACUUGGGGUUUGACAACCCUGAAAGUUAUGGAUGGAGAAGAGGCCAAAUUCCGAUGUGAGUUACAGGGAAUUCCCACUUGUCAAGUUGAAUGGUUCCAUGAUGAUAAACCACUUUAUGAGACACAAGAUUUCCAUUUGACCUUUGACACUGAAUCAGGAUCAUGUACUCUGCUGAUUGUUGAAGUUUUCCCACAAGAUGCUGGAGAGUAUCGCUGCGAGGCUGUCAACCCUUAUGGCAAAGCUGUCACCAAGGGCUUCUUGGAAGUGGAAUCAUAUGAAUAUGUACCUGACACAGAGGAAGCUUCUGACUCGUUUAUGUCGUCAAUGGAUACACCAUCUCCUCGACCACCAGUAGAUUCUGAUACAGAGAUGGCUGCAUUCCCCAAGGAAUUCAUGGAUGAGAUACAGAAACUUUCAUCUAAUGGUAUGGAAAUAGACAUUGAUGAAGUGAAGAAAGCUGCAUUAAUGGAACUGACAGAGAGAUCAGAAGAGAUUGUGUCUGUGCCUGAAGCUGGAGAAGAGGAGAAAUCUCAGCCUUCAGACGUCCCAACAGAAGAGGCACAACCUGAACAGGAAACACCACAAGAAUCAAUGGUGACAAUCUCAGAAGAAACACAUGAACAAUCUCAAAUUACUGAAAUUAUUACUGAAAAACCAGAAGAGACAAAACCCUCUGAGAUUCCCGGUGAAGAAAUUACACCUGGAAUUAAAUCUCCAAUUGAGUCAAAAGUGACAAUAUCGGAGGAAACACCCGAGCAACCAGAGGUAACUGAAGUUGAAGUUGCAAAACCAGAAGAAACACAGCCAUCAGAAGUUCCAGUUACAGAAACUAAGCCUGAACUGGAAGCACCAACUGAAUCUAAAGUAACUGUUGCAGAAGAAAAAUCAGAGCAACCAGAAUUUACUGAAGUCGAGAUAAAAAAAACAGAAGAAGCAGUACCUUCUGAAGUUCCAACAGAAAAAUCCAAACCAAUAACAGAAGCUCCAGUUGAAACAAAGGCUACUGUUGAUCAAGAAUCGACAGAACAAAUAGAAAUAUCUGAAUUCCAACCAGAAAAACCACAGGAAGUGACAAAAGAGGAGAUCACUGUUGAAGUCAAACCACAGGAAGUAACAAAUGAGGAGAUCACUGUAGAGAUCAAACCACAGGAAGUGACAAAAGAGGAGAUCACAAUAGAGGUCAAACCACAGGAAGUAACAAAAGAGGAGAUCACAAUAGAGGUCAAACCAGAAGAUGUCAAAAAGGAAGAAAUUACUAUAGAGGUCAAACCAGAAGGCAUCAAAGAAGAUAUUACUGUGGAAGAAGUACCAGAAGAAACAUUUAAGACAACAUUAGAGCAGGAAGCUCCAAUGUUCACCAUCCCCCUCACGGAUCAGUCCGAGACGGAGAAUAAGGUUGUUAAGUUAGUGGCGGAGUACACAGGACGUCCUCCACUGACAGUGACAUGGUACCUGGAUGGUGAUGAGAUUACUCCCAGCGAGGGUAUCGAGAUUGUCACCGAGGAGCGACAAACUGUCCUUACAUUUAGGGAGAUUUUCCCUGAGGAUGAAGGCGAAUAUUGGGUGGAGGUUGCUAAUGUCGCUGGAAAAAUUCGAUCCACAGCUUAUGUCACAGUACUUCCCUUUGAAGUUGAAGAGAAACCAAAAGAGACUACAGUUGAAAUCACAACAAAACUAACUGAAGAAACUACAGAAGAAAUUGAGGUCAAGGAGGUCACUGCCAUGGAGAUUGAGGUAACAGAAAAACCAAAAGAGGUUGUAUCCAUGGAGAUUGAAGUGAAGGAGGAGAAACCAUCAGACCUAACAACUGUUGAAAUAGAGGUCAAGGAUCAACCUAAAAGCACUGUUUCCUUGGAGAUAGAGGUUGAAGAACAGCCAUCAGAAAUUAGUGUCACUGAAGUUGAAGUCGAUAAGAAACCUACUGAAAAGGUCACAACAGAAAUCCAUGUUACUAAAGAUGAAGAAUCUACCCUAACCUUUGAAGUUGAAAAACCAUCCAAACCAGAUACAGAAGAAAGAGUAAUUCCGGAGAUAGCUCCGGCCCCCAAAGAGGUCGAAGAAGGGGUCCCUGAAGCUCCCCGUUUCAUAGAGACCCUCCAACAACAUAUAGAUGUGAUGGAAGGCACACCUGUCACAUUACAAUGUGUCACAGUGGGACAACCUACUGUCACAUGGUACCAGGAUGAUGAGCCACUCGAAGAAAGCGACCAUUUUGUUGUGGAAUUUGACAGUGGUGUUUGUCGCUUAACUAUUAGCGACAUAUUCCUGGAGGAUGAAGCUGAAUAUAAAUGCACAGCAGUUAAUGAAUUUGGCAGUGCCAGUACUAUUGUUGAACUUUUCGUUGAAAAACCUCAUAUUGCUGCUGAAAGUGAACAAGACAUUGUUGGCACUCAGGUUGCACAAGAAAUAACAGAAGAGGAACAAUUAACAAUAGAAACAGCCCCUCAACCAGAGGAAGAAGCUGAAUUAGUGCCUGCCGAGCAGACAAAAGUUUUGGAGGGUCAGGACAUUGAAGUACCUGAUAAAGUGAUUACAUCUACAACAGAAAUCACAACAUUAGACACUACUGGAAGUGAUAUCAUCACUUCUGAGACGGAGGAAGUUUCUUUCGAAAUCGUAACAAAGGAAACAGCAGAGACUGUUUCAGAAGAAUUUACGAUAGAAGAGACACCUCUUCCUGAGGAGAAGGAAGUUCCUCUCAAGGCGACAGUUCCCGAAGUCUCCGAAACGUUCACUGAGGAGACUGAGGUAUUUAUAAGCGAAGAAACUCAACCAGAGGAUGUUUCCCUCACAACUACACUUCCAGAAGUCUCUGAAACUAUUACCGAAGAGACUGAGAUCUUAAUAAGUGAGGAAACCAAACCAGAAGACAUGAAAGAGGAUAUAACUAUUGAGGAACAACUGUUUCAGCCCAAGGAGGAAUUUCCUCAGUUCGAAGAAGCUCCCAAGGAGGAGAAACUAGAAAUAAUUGAACAGGAAGAGGAAGUGCCUACCUCGCUCACUGGGGAGGCUCCAGUAUUUACCACAAAAUUAGAACAUUUCACCAUUCCUGAAGGACAGACAGUUAAAUUUAUCUGUAUUGUUAAAGGAAUACCCCGCCCAGAUGUCACAUGGAUCCUUGACGAUCAUCCAAUCACAGAUGCUGUUACAUACAAGACAGAAUAUCUUCCUGAUGGUACUUGCACUUUAGAAAUUGAAGAAACCUUUAAGGAGGAUGAAGGAGAAUACAUAUGCAAAGCCACAAAUUCAUUUGGUUCAGCAAGAACAACAGCAAACUUGACACUGAAAGCUCAAGAUGCAGCACAGCCAGUUGAAGAAAGGGAGGAGAUUUCUGCUGAUUUCAAGUUUGAUCUUCAAGAAAAAGCAGAAGGAGAAGAUGUUGAGGCUGAGUUUAGACUCAGUGAAACAGUUUCAGAUAGACAGGAUGUACAAGCUGAAUUCAGACUGGGUGAAACCUUGUCAGAAAAGGAGAGACUGACUGCAGAAGAAGAGAAAGAGAUAAUUUCAGAUGAAGAAAAGAGACGAUCAUUGUCUGUUUCCUCUGAAGAAAUAGAAGAAGAAAUCACUCAUAUUGAAGAAAAACCAGAAUCUCCAGUGACUAUCACUGUUGAAGAAAAAGAGAUAACUAAAGCCCCUGAAAUAAUCCAGUAUUUGCAAGACAUUUCUGCACAAGAUGGAGGCCAAGCACAGUUGGUUUGUAAAGUCACAGGCAUUCCACGUCCAUCAGUCACAUGGUACAAGGGAGAGGAGAUGAUUUUCCCAUCUGAGGAAUUCAAAGUAGCCUAUGAAGAAGACGAAUGUACGCUAAUCAUUGCUGAUGUUUACCCUGAAGAUGCAGGACAGUACAAAGUUGUGGCUAAAAACGAUGUCGGAACGGCUAUGACAACUUGUGAUUUAUCUGUCUUAGCUCCAGAAGAGACAGUAGAAGAACCUGAAUGGCUGGCUCCAUCUUUUAUACAGAAACCUAAAUUCCAGACUGUUGAUGUUGGACAAACUGUUAUGUUUGAAGCCAAAAUUGUAGCCAAUCCAGGACCACAGAUCCACUGGACCAGGAAUGAUAUUCUAUUGUCCAGUGACAAGAAAAUACAGAUAGAGACAAAACAAGAUGACCACUUGUACCACACCACUAUCCAGCUGAAUGAUGUUUUGGCUGAAGAUGCAGGAACUUAUAAAGUGACUGCUCAAAAUGACUAUGGAGAGGCCAAUGUCUCUGUAUCACUGCUAGUCAAAAAACCCUCUGGACCAGAGCAAACAGACUUCAGAGAAAAACUACAGACUCAAGUGAAAACCAAAGUUGGCGUCAAAAUCAAAGCAGAGCAGGUUGACUUCCGUAGCUUGUUACAAAAGUCUACAGUCAAAUCUAAGAAAUUUGCUGAAGAUGUUACAGGGGAAGAAGUAACGGAAGAACAAACGGCAGAACAGAAAGAUUUCAGAGACAUUCUCAAGAAGGUUGAGAAACCAGAAGCACCUGAAUUUGUUAAGACUAUCAAAAACCAGGAAAUUCCUGAAGGUGAUGAGGUCAAAUUUGUCACCAAAGUUAAAGGUAAACCUGAACCAAUAGUAACCUGGUUCCAUGACGACCAGACCAUUGUAUCUGAUGACAUCUACAAGGUCAUCCCUGGUGAAGAAGGUGAAAGUACUCUUCUACUCCCUGAAGCCUUCCCAGAGGAUUCUGGGAAAUACUCAGUCCAAGCUGAAAAUGAGGCAGGAAAAGCUGAAUGUUCAGCUGUUCUCAAGGUCAUCACUGAAGAUGAAUUGGAUGCAGGAGAGGUAGAUGAAGCACCAAAACCAGAAGUCAUCAAGAAAGUGGAAGUUGUACAACAAGAAGCUGAACAACUAGACUUUAGGGAUGUUCUCAAAUCUCAAGUAAAAACAAAAGUUGGUGUGCAAUAUACAUAUGAGCAGUUGGAUUUCCGUACAGUACUUAAAUCUACAACUGUGAAGUCAAGGAAAUUUGAUGAAGAUGUUACAGGUGUUGAAACAACAGUAACAAUACAGGAAGCUGAACAAGUUGACUACAGAGAUGUUCUUCAAAAGAAACAACCAGAUGAUCUUGUUGCACCAGAGUUUGUAGUCAGUAUUGGUGACAUGAAGAUUCAGGAAGGUGAAUCUACUAAAUUUACAGUCAAGGCCAAAGGUCAACCAGCUCCAGAGAUCCAAUGGUUUGUCAACAAUGUACCAAUCAAAACAGAUGAUAUCUAUCAGGUGAUUCCUGGUGAAGAAGGGGAGAGUACUCUGGUACUUUCUGAAGCUUUCCCAGAAGACAGUGGUGUAUACACAGUGAAGGCCAUUAAUGAAGCUGGCCAAACAGAAGCUACAGCAUUACUUACAGUUAAUGAACUUAUUGAGGCUGAGUCACCCCAACCUGAGGAAGAAGAAGAAAAAGAGGAAGUUACCUCAUUUGAAAUCAAACCAAAAGAGGAAACUGAGGCUGAGAUCACAGUCCAAAUAUCUGAGGAGAAAGAACAACCAAAAGAUAUUGAGGAGGAGGUUAUAAUACAACCUGAGACAGAGGAGGAAGAAUCAUCGGAGAGGUCAAUCCCAGAGGAUGUCAGCUAUGAAGCCUCCUUUGAAGAAGAUUAUACUGUUUCAGCCGACAUGUCUAUAGAAGAACCUAUGACUACUCAGCCAAAAGAUAUUGAGACUGAGAGGAAGUUUGCUGAGGAACAUAUACCAGAACAACAAGAAGGUUACGUCAUGGUAUCGGAGGAAAAUAUUCCUGAAAAACCAACGGAAGAGGAAUUCACUAUCAUAACAAAAGAAGAAAUUCCUUCUCUAGACCUUCCCAAGACUGCCUCUGAUGAUGAUAAAGAUGUCAAACCCUACUCAGGUGGAUCUACAAGUUCAUUUGAAGAGGAGAAACCUAUACUGACUGAUAGACAAAUUAAACCGAAAACUGAUGAAGAUGUAUCUAUUUCAAGUGAUGAAGUUUCAGAAGAAGAUAUCGAGGAGGAUAUAACUGUUUCUUCUGCAACAUCUGAGGAAGAAAUAGAAGAAAAGGGAUAUGAAGUAUUAAUGCCUGAUAUCGUUCCCAAGGAAAAGGACCAGAAAAAAGAAGAUAUUUCUUCAAAGGCAUUUAAACCUAAAGCUCCUGAAAGGGUUAUCCUUGACGAUAUCCCAAUCCCAGAAGAUACUAAAAAACCAAGUAGAGAAUUUGAGUUUGUUCUUGGUGAAGAAGAAAAGGGCAAACAAAUUCAUGGGGAAGUUGAGGAAGAGAUCAUCUUACCUGAAGAAGAACAGCCUGAGUUCCUAACAAAAGACAUCACUGAACAAAUUGACAUUCCAGAAAAACCAACUCCUUCUGAUGUAAAAUUCAUAGGUAAGACAGAGGAGGGGGAGAUAACUGCUCCUGUGAAACCUCUUUAUGAAGAACAACCUGUGGAUAUUACUGGAGGACAAAUAUCUCAAGCAUGGAAACCAGAUGUUAUAGAACAACCUACUUUACUAUCCGAUGAGAAAUACAGAGGAAGAAUUCAGGAAAAAGAAAUUACUGCCCCUGAAAGGGUUGUUAGGGAAGAAGAAUAUCCUGUUGAUAUUGAAGACGAAGAUAUAUCUGAGGAAAGGAAACAAGAUAUUACUGAAGAACAUGAAGAUUAUGAGGCAGAUGAAAUGAUUAUUUAUGAAGAUCAAGAACAACCUGAAAACAUUGGAUUUAUAACACACACUAUUGAUUAUCUUGAGACUGUUCCUGAGGAAGACUCUUACAAUUCCUCCCAGGAUGCUAGCUUCUCUGUAGACGAUCAACCUGAGGGACCAACAGGUGAAGAUAUUGCUGUGGAGAAAGUGAUCAUGAGAGCUGUGAUCCAAGACAAAGAUAUUGAGGAAUCAAUUGAUAUAUCACAGGUGACAGAGACAUUUACAGCUGAUGUUUCUGAGAAGGUUACAAUCCCACAAUUCCUCAGGGAUUUAUCAGACCAGGAAGUGACAGAAGGUGACACAGUGACCUUCAUUGUACAAUUGGCAGGAUCUCCCUUCCCAGAAAUCUCAUGGUACAAAGAUGGUAAACUAAUUGAAUCAGGUGAUCAUUACAAAGUUGAGGUCAGAGGUAACUUUGCUUCUCUAAUUUUGAAAGAUGUUAUGCCUGAUGAUGAUGCAGAAUAUACUGUCAAGGCAACCAAUGAAGCUGGUACAACUUCCAGUGUAGGACAGCUCUUUGUUAAUCCAAUUGGUGAAGCACCAACAUUCAUCUCCAGAAUCGACGACAAGGAGAUCGAGGUUGGAGCUCCAAUUGUCCUUGAAUGCCAAAUCAGAGGACAUCCAAAACCAAGAGUAUCCUGGCUUAAAGACGGAGAAGAAAUCAUAGGAGACAGAUUUAUAUCUGAUGUCACAGAGGAGACUGCCAAACUAACAAUUUUAGACACAAUUCCAGAAGAUGAGGGCGAAUAUACCAUUAAAGCAAUAAAUGACAAAGGUGUCGCCACAAGUAGUGCUGAAGUACUCAUCCAAUUAGAGGCACCAAAAUUCACUGAUACAUUGAAAGAUGUUAGUGCACAAUAUUUAGACACUGCUGUUCUUGAAUGUACUGUUCAUGGUAAACCAACACCUAAAGUCACAUGGUUGGCCAAUGAUUCAGUUAUUGAGGAAAGUGCCAAGUAUCAUAUUAAACAAGAAGGUCAUCAUGCAGUGUUGGAAAUUCAUGACGUUUCAUUAGAGGACUCGGACAUUGUUUACUCUUGCCGUGCAGAAAACGCUGCUGGAGAAAUCAUAUGUUCGGCAAAUGUUGAGACACAAGAAAUUUCACCAGAAACAAGAGAAUCACCAGAAAAAGUUCCUAGCACAGAAGAGGCCGUGAAAGGGGAGGACACUGCUGUUAUUGUCACUGAAGGCAAAGCACCAGAAUUUCUACUCAAGAUACAAACAGAGACUGUUGAACAAGGUGAACUUGCUGAUUUCAACGUAGAAGUUUUAGGAACACCACGACCAGAAAUCCAUUGGUUGUACAAUGGUAUUGAGAUCAUACCAGACAAACGUCAUGCUAUAUUCGAUGAGAACAAUUUAUCCCACCUGCAAGUGUAUGACAUUGAUGAAGAUGUUAGAGGAACAUACUCAGUUGAGGCUACCAAUGAUUAUGGUACUGCCACGUGUAGUGCUGAAUUGGUGGUCAAAACACAACCAGAAGAAAUUACACAGGAACUCAUAGCUCCUAAGUUCAUUGUUGAGAUACAGACAUUCGAAGCUACAAUCGGAGAAACAGCUAAAUUUACCUGCAAAGCUAAAGGACAACCCAAACCACAAAUUCUGUGGUUCAAAAAUGACAAAGAGAUUACUAAGGAUGACAACAGAUUUAGUAUACAGUAUGGUGAUGAGGAAGGGGAGGAAACUCUUCUUAUUGUUGAUGUAUUACCUGAACAUGAUGGAACAUACUCAGUAGAAGCCAAGAAUACAGCUGGUAGUACUAAAUGUAAAGCUGAACUCUUUGUUGAAGAAGUCAGAGAGGAUAAACCCUCAGCUCCAGAGUUCAUUAGAGUACCAGAAAAAGUUUCUGCUAGGCAACAUGAUACAGCUCAAUUCAUGGUCAAGGUCAUUGGAACACCUAAACCUAAAGUUGUAUGGAAGAAGGACAACAUGGUAUUGGAAGAUAAAGAGCUCUAUCAAUUUGACAAGUAUGAGGACCAAUACUGUUUUGAGGUGAAGGACAGUGAUGUAGUUGAUGCUGGUGUUUACACCUGUGUUGCUACUAAUGAAGAAGGGGAGGUAACUGUUGACAUCCCCUUGAUUGUCAAUGAGAUUGAUCGUGAGAAGAGACUAUCGGAAUCCCCGCUAGUCCUCCGUCACCAAGACACAUCACAAGCACCAGAAUUCACCGAGAUCUUUGAGGCUGUUACUGUAAUGGAAGACAAGCCUUUAGAGUUAACAUGCAGAGUAACUGGACUUCCACGUCCUGAAAUCACAUGGCUGAAGGAUAACAAGGAGAUCGCUCAGUCUCCAAAUGUUAAAAUGUCAUACGAUGAUGAUAAAUGUACACUUAAAAUAAAGAAAACCAACAUCAUGGACCAUGAAGGGGAAUACAAAGUUAUUGCUGAAAAUCCAGCAGGUAUGGCUGAUGUAACAGCACCAGUCACUAUUGAGGGUAAAACAGAAAAACCAGAAUUCACACGUAAACUUAACAACCGUGAUGUCAAAGAAGGCAGACCUGUUAAAUUUGAAUGUUCUGCCAAGGGUAUCCCUGCACCUGAGAUUACAUGGUUUCUGAAUGACAAGCCCGUAGAAGGUGUACGCUUCCACACAGAUGUCCGUAAGAGUUUCUCUGACACUAUCUACAGUCUCAGUAUUGAUAAGACUGAGAUUGAAGAUGCUGGAGAAGUGAAAGCCAUUGCUAAGAACAAAGCAGGAGAGGCUGUUACCAUUGCCAAACUUCUUGUAGAAGAGAAGAAAGAAGCUCCUAAGUUUGUAAGAAAACUGGACACUGUGAAUGUUGUGGAGAAUGACACCGCCAUCCUAGAGGUGGAAGUAACAGGAAAACCAAAACCGCAUGUCACAUGGUUGACAAUGGACAAAGAAAUCCCUGACACAGACAGAACAAAGAUAGAGGUCGAAGGUAACAUCCACAGACUGACUAUCAAUGAUACCAAGAAAUCUGAUGAGGCCCUGUACACAGCACGUGCCAGCAACCCAGCUGGUCAGGUGUCUUGUAAUGGCAGAGUCAAGAUACAACCUGCUAGAAGACCUUCCAUUGUAACCAAAAUGGCAGACACAUUACUUCCAGAAAAUGCUCCUGCCAAAUUUGAAUGUCAAGUUGAAGGACUUCCUCUACCUAAUGUUAAAUGGUUUAUCAAUGAUAAGGAGAUAGAAGAAGGAGAGGAUGUUCACAUUAGAUUUGACAGACGUAGAAGUACUUACACACUGGAGAUUGACAAUGCCACACCUGAGAUGCAGGGUCUUCUCAAAGCUGUGGCUGCCAAUGCCAUGGGAGAACAACUAAUGACAGCUAACCUAGAGGUCAGAGGUCAAGCUCCUAAGUUUGAAGAAACUCCACUCAAAUGUACCAUACUGGAAGGUGACUCUGGAAUGUUCAGAUGUUUGGUAUCUGGUGAACCUGCUCCAGAAAUUCUCUGGUCCAAAGGUAAAUGGAAUAAAAUCAAAGAUGGUGGAAAAUACAAAGUAUACAAGGAUGAGAAUACAGGUGAAAAUGUCCUAGAAAUAGGUGACAUCAAGAAAAAAGAUGCUGGAACAUACCUGGUCACGGUUAAGAACGAGCAUGGUACAACUGAUGCACCAGCAACACUUAUUGUAACAGACAAACCUGAGGAUGUACAAGAUUGGAAAGACAUGCUCAAACACAGAGAAAUUGAAAGGAGACAGAUUGAGGAAGAGGAACUGGUACUUCCUAAUCUUAAACAUGUGGAGCAGGAAGAACCUACACCUGAAGACAAGAAGAAGUUUUCCCCUGGAUUCAUGGAGCACGAUGAACCUGUGGCUUUUGAAAUAUUCAAGAAAAGACGAGAAUCUCAGCUGGCUCAAAUCCCAGAGCGAUCAGAGCCAGAGAAGACAAAGAGAGAAAAACCAGAAUUAGAGACCUAUGAAAAACCCAAGCCUGAGGAGAAAUCUCCUGAAAAAGAAAAAGAAAAGGAGAAAGAAAAAUAUGUCAGAGGUGUUAAACCAAAGGAGAUUGAAGAAGUUGAAGACUUCCAACUCAAAAUACCUAAGGCUGAUUGGAAGUUUAUAACUCCUCUCAAAGACACUACCGUCAAGGAAACAGAAGAAGCCAUCUUUGAAUGUGAAUUAAACAUUUCAAACGUUUCUGUUGCCUGGACUGUCAACGAUCAGGUGAUAGAACAAAGUCCAAAGUACAUCAUCAAAUCUGACAAGACAAAACAUACUCUCAUCAUUGCCAAAUGUCUACCUCAAGACAAAGGGGAGGUAACCUGCUCCUAUGCAAAAUUGCAGACAAAGGCUAAAUUGACAGUUGAAGAAGUGCCAGCAGAGUUCAUCUUGAAGCUUGAGGAUGCCAAGGUUGAACCAAGCCAAGAUGCCACCUUCACAUGCAGUGUCAACAAAGAGGAUGUUGAGGUCAACUGGUUGAUUGACAACAAAGAGGUACCAGAUUCACCAAAAUAUGAUGUGAAACAUGAAGAUGUGACACAUUCCCUGACUAUUAAGGAUAUUGAUGUUGGUGAUUCAUGUGAAGUGUCAGCAUUGUUUGGUGACACAUCAACUUCAGCCAAACUUUUUGUCCAAGAUGUAGCUGCUGAUUUCUCCUUGCCACUUAAAGAUGCCACUGGUCUUGAAAACUCAACAGUUGAAUUUGUCUGUGAGUUGACCAUACCAUCAGAUGAUGUACAAUGGUUCCUGAACAAUAAACCAUUACAUGAAAGUGAUAAAGUCAAAAUCAUUAAAGACGGCAAGAAUCACAGAGCUGUAAUUAGUAAUGUCAGCAUUGAGGAUGAAGGUCAAAUAUCAGUUACCAUUGGUGACAAGAAAUCAACCGCUGGUCUCUAUGUUGACGAAGUGGCACCUGAAUUCACUAAGCCAUUAUCAGAUGCUACUAUUCUGGAAGGAGAUACUGUAGAGUUGACUUGUGAGGUCAACAAAGAGGGGGCCACUGUCAAAUGGUUUGCCGAUGCCAAAGAAAUCACUGAUGAUGAUAAGUUUGAAAUUAUCACUGAAGCUACAGUACACACACUUCGUUUGAAAGACGCCUCAUUGUCUGAUGCUGCUGAAAUUACAGCAAAGGUCGAAGAUCAGAAAACUACAGCAAAACUCAGUAUUGAAGAUACUCCCGUUGAAUUCCUUGCUAAACUAACAGAACAGUUUGUUGAGGAAGACCAAGAAUGUGUUUUUACUUGUGUGGUCGACCGUGAAGAUGUUACUGUUGAUUGGUUCCAUAAUGACUCACCUUUGUUACCUAGCGACAAGCAUGUGGUUAAAGAUGAGAAAAAGAUGCACACUCUAGUCAUUAAAAAUACUGAUCACUCCGACAUUGGUGAAUAUACAGUUGUCGUGGGUGACAGUAGAAGUUCAGCCAAGCUGAAUCUUGAUGAUCUACCUCUUAAUAUGACACUAACUGUCAGUCGAUUGAGAAAAAGACACGAACAUAUAGCGACAUUUAUGUGCUCAGUAUCAAAAAGUGAUAUUCUGGUUGAAUGGUACAAAGAUGAGCAUGAACUAUAUCCUUGUGAAAAGUAUGAAUUCUUAGAAGCUGAAUGUCUGCAUGGGUUGAUUAUUCAUGAUUUAUGCAUGGCUGAUUAUGGCAGUUACUGUGUUGUCAUUGGACGAAAAAGAAAUUUGCAUGGUGACCACUUGACCAUGGCAGAAGCCCCAGUACAAUUCAUCAUACCUCUAGAGGAAGCCACUGUUCUGGAGGGAGAGAGCGUGACCUUCACAUGUGAGACCACUGAUGAAAUGGCACCAGCCAAAUGGUACAAAGACGGCAAAGAAAUCCUCCCAUCUGAUCAUAUGCAAACUGAAUCAAAGGGAAAGGUUCAUAAAUUGAUUAUACCCAAAGCUGACAUUGAUGACCGAGCAGAAUAUACUGUACAGGUCAAGGACAAGACUAGCAAAGCACCAUUGUUUGUUGAAGAAAAACCACUGAAAAUUACCAAACCACUUAGUGAGAGGUAUAACUCUGUGGAAGGUGACACUUUGACCUUGGUUUGUGAGGUCAACAAGCAUGGAGUUGUUGCUAUGUGGCUAAAGGAUGGAGAACAGAUAACUAUAACUGAUGGAUAUGAGAUCACAGUUGAUGGCUGUCGUCACAUCCUCACAAUACCAGAUGUUACCCUAGAUGAUGAAGCUGAAUACACCAUAAUGAUUGGUUUAGAAGAGUCAACUGGACUGGUUCUCAUAGAAGAAACUGCAGCAGGAUUUACUCACAGACUGAGUGAUACUGAUGUAAACGAAGGGGAAAUGAUUCAACUGGAAUGUACAUUGAGUCGCCCAGAUGUCAAGGUCAGAUGGCUGAAAAAUCGUAAACCAUUGACACCUAGCGAUCGUAUCAAGAUAUUAUGUGAUCGUUAUAGGCAUGUCCUGCAGAUUAUGGAAGCUAUUCCUGAGGAUGAGGGCGAAUAUACCAUCGAAAUUACUGAAAAUAUGGAAAGUUCUGCUGCUAUUAGAAUCAGAGAACUGACACCCAGCUUUAUCAAAAAACUUAUAGACAAGAGAUCAAAAGAAAAAGACUCAGUUAUACUGGAAUGUGAACUGAACAAACCAAAUAUUCCUGUUAGAUGGCUCAAAGAUGGUGAGGAACUGGUACCUAGUGAUAGAAUCAGACUGGUAUCUGAUGGAAACAUUCAUCGGCUCAUCAUUGAUAAUGCCACACUAGAGGACAGUGGCACAUAUACUUGUGUAUGUGGCUCUGUAACAACUGAGGCCACUCUUGGUAUAGAUGAGUUACCAGCAGAAUUCAAGAGACCUCUUAAAGACAUUACAGCCAAGGAGGAAGACCAAGUUAUCUUGGAAUGUGAACUAUCUAAACCUAACAAACCAGUCAAAUGGACUAAAGAUGGUAAGGAUAUUGGUCCUGAUGAUCACAUCCACUUCUCUGCUGACCUGUCCACACAUCAGAUGUCAAUAGACAAUGUCAGUCUCGAUGACAAAGGAGAUUACACCUGUGUAUGUGGUGAUGUGGCUACAGAAGCUAAACUCACCAUUCAAGAACUUCCAACUGGAGUCAAGAAACCACUCAAGGAUAUCACUGCGAAAGAGAAGGAACAAGUCAUCUUAGAAUGUGAACUAACUAGAUCAAACAAACCAGUUAAAUGGUUCAAAGAUAACAAAGAACUUAAGCCUAGUGAACACAUCCAUUUCAAUGUUGACAUGUUCACACACCAACUGGUUCUCACUGAUGUGAACCUGAAUGACACUGGUGUGUACAAACUUGUAUGUGGUGAUGUGUCAACAGAGGCCAAGAUUGUUGUAGAAGAACUACCAACAGAAUUUACCAAACCCCUGGCUGAUGUCACUGUUACUGAGAAAGAAACUGUUUGUUUGGAAUGUGAGGUGUCUAAAGCCAACAAACCUGGCAAAUGGUUCAAAAAUGGCAAAGAAAUGAAACAGGAUGACAAUGUUAAGUUUGUUACGUAUGACAACACCCAUCGUCUUAUCAUAAAAUCUGCUGUAUUAGACGAUGAGGCUGAGUAUACAGUAGAAAUUGAUGGACAGACAUCCAAAUCUCAACUCUAUGUUGAAGAGGGACCAGUAGAAUUCCUCAGACCAUUGAAGGAAGUACAGGUUAUGGAGAAGGAACCAGCCACACUAGAAUGUGAGGUCAAUAAACCAGACCUUGUUGCUAAGUGGUUCCUUGACGACCAAGAAAUAACUGGAUCAGACAGAGUAGAACUGGUGGUGUAUAGCACCAUCCACCAACUCAUUCUUCACUCAACAUCAUUGGAAGAUGAAGGGAAAUACUCUGUAACUAUUGAAGGAGCCAAAUGUGCCACAACACUGCUUGUUGAUGAACCCCCAGCUGAGCUUGUGACUCGCCUGCAUGAUUUGAUUGUGCCAGAGAAGGGAACUGCUGUGUUUGAAUGUGAAGUUUCCCGUCCUUGGGCCAGAGCUAAUUGGUUCAAAGAUGGCGAGCCUAUAACUGUUUCUGAUGGUUAUGACAUUCGUGUGGAUGGCACACGCCAUCUUUUAUAUCUACCUAAAAUAUCAAAAGAAGAUGUUGGAAGAUACACUGUAAAAAUUGAUGAUAAAGAAACCACUGCUAGACUAAGGGUUAAAGAACUACCUCUGAAAAUUGUGAAACCACUACAAAAAGUAGAGGUCAGUGAAAAGGAGCAAGUGACCUUGACCUGUGAGGUCAAUAAACCAAACAUUAAGGCCAAAUGGUUCAAGGACAAAGAAGAGGUAGAAACCUCAGAAAACAUACAUAUAACAACACAGGAGACUGUGCACACACUGAAAAUUACUGAGGCAACAUUAGAAGAUGCUGGACUCUACAAAUUUCAAAUAGAAGACAAAUAUUCUCAAGCGAAGGUCAAAGUUCAAGAGCUACCGCUACAAUUCACAAAGCCUCUCUCUGAUAUUGAGGUCAUGGAAGGUCAAGAAGCUACUCUAGAAUGUGUAGUUUCCAGGGCAGAUCUACCAGCUAAGUGGUUAUGUAAAGGUAAACCACUGCCAAAGGACAACAGAAUAACAACUACCUGUGAUAAAAACACCCACAAACUUGUCAUGCAGUCUGUCACAAUGGACGAUGAAAAGGAAUACUCUGUUAAAAUUGGUGAUAAGGUUUCCAAGGCAAAACUCUUUGUUGAAGAAGAAGCAGUAGAAUUUGUCAGGAAACUCACUGAUGUAGAAGUACAUGAAAUUCCAUCGAAGGCAAUAUUUGAAUGUGAAUUAUCUAAGCCUAAUGUAACAGCUAAAUGGUUUAAAGACAACAAAGCUCUCCCAUCAGAUAAGAAAUACAAGAUGGUGGUUGAGGGUCCAGUACAUCGACUAGAGAUCUCUGAAGUGGACGGUGAAGAUGAGGGUGACUUCUCCAUCAUUGCUCGUGGAAAGAACUCAGAGGCAGAACUGAUUGUAGAAGUUGCACCUGAGCUCUUCCUGGACAAAAACUUCCAGGAGUCCAUCACACUGAAAGCUGGCCAAUCUACUGCUUUUGAAAUACCAUUCAAGGGUAAUCCUCAACCAAAAGUCAUCUGGACAUUUAAUGAUGGGGACAUACCCAAGGACAAGAGAUUGGAAACACAGACUAUUCAUAACAUGACCACAAUGAGGCUAGCAAAGGCCAAAAGGCCAGAUGCAGGAAAUUAUAAACUAACCUUGGAGAAUCCUAGAGGAAAAACAUCAGUCGACAUCAAAAUGAUUGUACUAGAUAAACCAAGCCCACCACAAAAUCUGACAGCACCAGAAGUUUUAGCUGAUUCUAUCACACUCAAAUGGGAGGCCCCAGAGGACAAUGGAGGAAGUGACAUCACUGGAUACCUCAUAGAGAAACGUGAAUUUAAUAGACGAUCUUGGCAGGAAGUAGAAAAGGUCAAAGAUCUAGAGUAUACUGUUGGCAAGUUGUUGGAAGGAAACCAGUACUACUUCCGUGUGUUUGCUCAGAAUGAAAUAGGAAUGAGUGAACCAGUAGAAUUUAAAGAACCAAUUACUGCUAAGAAUCCAUUCACUGUUCCAGAUGCACCUGAAGCGCCAAAAGCAUCUGAUGUUACAGCAACUUCCUGUACAGUGUCAUGGCAACCACCAGCCAAUGAUGGAGGUGCUUCAAUCCUUGGUUAUCAGCUGGAGAGACAAUCUGGCUUCAGUCCUCGUUGGGCUCCUGUCAACAAAGAUCUGAUAGAAGGAACAACCUAUGACCUCUCUGAUCUUGUUGAAGACAAUACUUAUAUAUUUAGGGUCAAAGCUGUCAAUAAAGCAGGACCCAGUAGUCCUAGUGACCAAUCAGAAACAUACAAGGCCAAGAACCCAUGGACUAAACCUGGAAAACCUGAGGCCCCAGAAAUUAUGGGAACUGACAAUUCAUCAGUUGCUCUUAAAUGGGCCCCACCUGCUGAAGAUGGAGGUGCUCCAAUUACUAAUUAUGUCAUUGAAUACAAACCUGUUGAUGCCUUCCGUUGGAUAAAGGCUAAUGAGAACCAAACCGUGACUGAGACAACAUUCAGCGUGACUGGUCUGAAGGAGGGAAGCCAGUUAGAGUUCCGUGUGGCAGCACAGAACAAAGCAGGUGUUGGUGAGGCCUCUGAACCCACAAAACCUGUUAAAGUGGAGGCUCCUUUGGUUGGAGAAGCACCAAAACUCCUGGAACCCUUACAAGAUACAACCAUUGUAUCACCUAAUGAUGCCAUCCUAGAAUGUGAUCUCCUGCUGGGAGAACCAGAGGCAGAAAUAACAUGGUUUAAGGGUAAAAGGGAGGUAAAGAAGAGUCCUAAAUAUGAGAUGAGUUAUGAAGAUGAAGUUGCUGGCCUUGUCAUCCAUGAAACCAAACCAGAUGAUGCUGGUGUUUACAGUUGCCAGGCAGCCAAUAUCAUUGGACAAGUUCAAACAGAAGGAACACUCUCUGUACAUACUCUCCCUCAACUUGAUUAUGACAACAAACUCAAGAGUAAACAAGCCAUUAAGGCAGGAGGCUCUUUGUCAUUGACUGUUAACAUCAGUGGUAUCCCAUCACCUAAAGUCGCAUGGCUUUUAGAUGGAGAAACAAUAGAGAAAUCACCACGUCUGACAAUGGAAACAACAGAAGAGUUCUCUAUCCUGACAAUAAAGAAUGCCACACUAGAGGAUGCUGGAAUGUACAAAAUUACAGCAGAAAAUGUUGUCGGAAAAGCUGAAGCUGACUUUGAAAUAAUUGUUAAAGACAAACCAUCCAAACCAAUGAACUUAUCUGUGCCUGAAGUCCAGAAAGAUUCUGCAUUGUUGUCAUGGGAACAACCCACUGACACAGGAGGCUGUGACAUCACAGAUUAUAUCAUUGAAAAACGUGAUGCCAAGAGAAACACAUGGACACCUGUUGACAAAGUUGAUAAAUCAACAUUUUCUUACAAUGUAAUGAAACUGUUGGAAGGAAAUGAAUAUUACUUCCGUGUCAUUGCUAAAAAUGAAAUCGGUUCAAGUGAACCAGCAGAAAUGGACAAAGGCACUGUUGCUAAGAGUCCAUUUGAUGUCCCAGAUGCACCACAGAAUCUACAGCCAUCAGAAAUUACAAAAUCAUUUAUGACCUUGACUUGGGAACAACCAGAAAAUGAUGGAGGUUCUCCUGUCAUUGGUUAUAUGGUAGAACGUAAACCAGCUGACAGCACAAGAUGGACGAAAAUCAACAAGAAAUCAGUCUCUGAUACAAUGUUUACAGCCAUGGACCUUGUUGAAGGAUCUAAAUAUGAGUUCCGUGUUUCAGCAGAAAAUGCUGCUGGUAUUGGCAAGCCAAGUCAACCAACUGGACCAAUCUUGGCUAAAAAUCAAUUUGAAAAACCAGAUGCACCAAGACAGCCAGAGAUAACAGAAGUUACAAAAAAUUCCAUCUCUCUGAAAUGGGUAGCACCAGAAAAAGAUGGAGGAAGUCCUAUCUUCAAUUAUGUCAUUGAAUCUAAACCACCAAGGUCACAUAAAUGGGUACCAGUCACACAUAACAUCCAGGUACCAGAUUGUGCCUUCACAGUGAAAGACCUAACAGAAGGAUUUGAGUAUGAGUUCCGUGUUCUUGCUGAGAACAAGGCUGGAUUAAGUAAACCUUCACCAUCUACAGGUCCUGUCUUAGCCAAGGAACCAAUAAUUGGAGAAGCACCAUCAGUAUUGGAGGGAAUCCCAGAUGUGUCUGUCUUACUUGGAGAAGCCACAACAUUGGAAUGUAAAAUCAAUGGACAGCCACAACCUUCUGUGGAAUGGUCCAAAGACAACAAAACUAUUCCUUCAACUAAGAAAUAUGAGACUAGCUAUGACAACAUGGUAGCCUCAUUGACCUUGAGAGAGGUCACAGAAAAGGAUGCUGGGACAUACAAAUGUGAGGCAUCCAAUGAUUUAGGUUCUGUUUCAACCUCAGGACAACUGGAGGUUCAGGCUGCACCAAAACUGGAAUAUGAUAAUAAAUUCAGAGACUUGAUCACUCUACGCAGUGGAACAUCACUGAGAAUUCCAGUAACAGUUAGUGGAAUUCCUAAACCUUCUGUCACUUGGUGUAAAGAUGAUCAGACCAUCAAACCAUCAAGUCGUCUCAACCUUGAUACAACACCCACAGGAAGUACUUUACAAGUCAAGAAAGCCACCAGAGAAGAUGAUGGCAUGUAUGCAAUCAUGGCUGAAAAUGAGGCUGGUGAUGCCAAGGCAACAUUCGAUGUAGAGGUCACAGACAUCCCUGGUCCCCCUGAAGGACCAAUAGAGGUCACAGACCUUCUCAAAGAUAGUGUCACACUGUCAUGGCAACCACCAAAAGAUGAUGGUGGAUCAGACAUUAAACAAUACAAUGUAGACAUGCGUGAACAAAACCGUUCACAAUGGACAAAAGUGGGAUCUGUUAAAGCUCCAACCACAACUAUUACACCAAGUAGAUUAAUGGAUGGAAAACAAUACAUGUUUAGAGUUACUGCUGAAAAUGACAUUGGAGUUUCCAAACCUUUGGAGACAUCCGAACCAGUUAUUCCAAAGAGUCCAUUUGGAAAACCAUCAAAACCAGAGGGACCAUUGACUGCUUCUGACAUCACAGCUGAUAGUGUUAAAUUGUCAUGGCAACCAUCAAAAUUAGAUGGAGGCUCACCAAUCAAAGAAUACAUUAUUGAGAAAUAUGACAAGAGACGUUUAUCUUGGACUAAGGUUGGAAGUGUUGAUGACAAAACUUUGAGUUUUGUUGUUCCGAAGUUGAUAGAAGGUACUCCAUACCAGUUUAGAGUUUUAGCUGUUAAUGCUGAAGGAGCAAGUGAGCCUCUUGUUACUGACACAGAAAUCAAACCAAAACAAGCACCAACUUGUCCAGCUAAGCCAGUGGGACCAAUCAAAUUCACCAAUGUACUUGGUGAUGAAGUGACCUUAAACUGGUCUCCUCCAAAGAAAGAUGGAGGCUCACCAGUUACAUCUUACAAACUUGAGAUAUCAGAAGAUGGUAAAACAUGGACACCACUUGAUAUUUCUGAUACUACCAAAUAUACAGCCAAGGGUCUUAAAGAUGGACAGAAAUAUUACUUCCGUGUAGCAGCAAUCAAUGCCGUCGGUGAAGGAGAGCUCUUGGUAUCUGAUGUAGUUAUACCAAAGAAACCAAUUGGCAAACCAUCACAACCAAUGGGACCACUUGAAAUGACUGAUGUCAGAAAAGAUUCAGUCACACUUCACUGGUCACCUCCAAAGGAAGAUGGUGGAAGUCCAAUCACUUCCUAUGUCAUUGAAAAGCAAGACAAAAAACGCAAAACAUGGACACCUGUCCAAAAAGUUGAUGGUGAAACCAAUCAGCUUAAAGUAGACAAAUUACAAGAAGGAACAGAAUAUAUGUUCCGCGUACGUGCUGAAAAUAAAUCUGGACUUGGGGAGCCAUUAGAAGCUGAAAAAUCUGUAUUGCCAAAGAGUCCAUUCUCCAAACCAUCAGCACCAGUUGGACCGAUAUCAAUCAGUAAUGUCACUGAGAGUUCUGCUGACAUUGAAUGGCAGGCACCUGAACAAGAUGGUGGUGCUCCAAUUGAAAAAUACCAGAUUGAAUAUAGACCAGCCAAUAGGUCAACAUGGACAAAGGCUGGAACUGUAGAUGGAAAUUCUUUCAAGUUUAAUGUUAAAGAUCUAAAGGAAGGUCAAGAUUAUUACUUCCGGGUCACAGCCAUCAACAGUGAAGGAUCUGGAUCCCCAUUGGAAUCAGCUGAUAUGGCCAAACCAAGAAAAGUUAUUGAAAAACCAGGCCCACCAGAAAAGCUGACAACUGCCAAAGUAGGUCCAGACUAUGUUACAUUGGACUGGACACCACCCACAACAACUGGAGGGGAAAAAAUUAAAGGAUAUGUUGUCAAGAUGAAGGAGGGACCAUCAGAUGACUGGACCACUGUAGCUACAUUAAAACCAUUUGAUAAUAGCUACAAGGUUGCCAAACUAAAGGAUGGAGUUGAGUACACAUUUGCUGUUGCAGCUGAGAACUCUGUAGGUCUUGGUGAUAUGUGUCAACUUGAAUCUACAGUAGUUCCCAAGAAACCUGCAGGACCACCAGAAAAACCAGUAGGACCAUUAGAUACAUCAGAAAUCACUAAAACUUCAGUCAAGUUGUCAUGGAAACCUCCAUCUAAAGAUGGUGGAUCUCCACUGACUGGCUACAUCAUAGAAAAGAAGGAAGGUAGACGUACAACCUGGUCCCUCUGUGAUAAGAUCAGUCCUGAUGACACAACAUACACAGUAAAGAACUUGACAGAAGGAACAGAUUACAUGUUCCAUGUGACAGCAGAAAACAAACUUGGAAGAAGUCCAGCUCUAGAGACAGACAAAAUAAUUGUUCCUAAGAGUGAAUUUGACAAACCAGGAAAACCAGUAGGACCAUUAGAAUUCUCUGACAUAACCAAGGAUUCAGUCACACUUUCAUGGAGACCGCCAACAAAGGAUGGUGGUCUACCAAUAUCUAAUUAUAUCAUAGAGGCCAAAGACUCUAAACGUACAACAUGGUCCAAAUGUGGAGAUGUCAGUGCAGACAAGACAAUCUUUAUUGCUGACAAACUUUUGGAAGGUGGUGACUAUUACUUCAGGGUUUCAGCUGUCAAUGAAGAAGGACCUGGAGCUCCAUUGGAAUCAGUCAAAUCUGUCAGACCUCAAAAACAACUAGAGGCACCACAAGCACCAGAAAAUUUGAAGAUCAAGACUAAGAACACUGACAAGGUGACCUUGGAAUGGAAAGCACCAAAGGACAUUGGUGGAUCAAAGGUCACUGGAUACCAGAUAUUCAUGAAAGAGGAUGAUUCUGAAGACUGGAAAAAGAUUGGGAGUGUUGGAUCAUUUGACACAUCCUACACAGCCAAAAAUCUUAGAACAGACAAACCUUACCAAUUUGCAGUUUCUGCUGAAAACAAAAUUGGCCCAGGACAACUUGCAGAGCUAGAGUCUCCUGUGACUCUACACAAGAAGCCAGAAAAACCAUCAGCACCACAAGGACCUAUUGAAUUCUCUGAUCUAACCAAGACAUCAGUCAUAUUGUCAUGGAAACCACCAAAGGAUGAUGGAGGAUCACCAAUCACAGGAUACCAGUUAGAAAUGAAAGAAGUAAGAGAUCGAACCUGGUCAAAGGUUGACAAGAUCAAACCAGAUAUAACAUACUGUGUGCAGAGAUUAAAGACCAAUGCAGAAUACAUGUUCAGAGUAAUGGCAGUUAAUGAAAUAGGAGUUUCUGAACCACUGACUUCAGAAACUGUUAUUCCUAAGAGUGCUUUUGACAAACCAAGUGCACCUGAAGGUCCAUUUGAGGUUGCAGAUCUAACUGAAAAAUCUGCUGUGUUGUCAUGGAAACCACCAAAAUCAGAUGGAGGUUUGCCUCUUUCUGGUUACAUUAUUGAAAGGAAAGACAACAAACGUCCUAACUGGGUCAAAGUUGACAAAGUAUCACCUGAGACAACAACCUACAAAGUAAACAACAUGUUGGAAGGAAACACAUACACUUACCGUGUUCUAGCUGAGAAUGAAGAAGGAGUUGGUCCAGCAUUGGAAACAAGAGAAUCCAUCAAACCAACAAAACUAGCAGCUGUCCCAGAAUCACCAAGAGGACCACUCAAGGUCUCCAACAUCAAACCAAAAUCAUGUGACCUAACAUGGAAGUCACCUGACAACGAUGGUGGAGCACCAGUUGUUGAGUUUGUCAUUGAAUCUUCAACAAAUGGUGAGGACUGGAUCCCAGUUGGAAAAGUAGAUAAAUUUACCAACACCUUCACUGUCAAAGAACUAGAAGAUGGUAAACAGUACAGCUUCAGAGUUUGUGCUGUUAACAAAGUUGGACCAAGUAAACCUCUGACUUCAGAUUCUGUUAAAAUAGAAAAAGCACCAUCAGUUCCUGAAAAACCUGAAGGACCACUAGAAGUCAAGGACAUUCAUAAGGAUUCCAUGACAUUGUCAUGGCAACCACCAACAUCAGAUGGAAAUUCACCAAUCACAGGUUACAUCAUUGAAAAACGUGAACCCUCUAGAAACUUAUGGUCCCCAGUGAAACGUGUCAGUGGAGAUGUGACAUCUUGUGUUGCUGACAAACUCCAGGAAGGAAAGGAAUAUAUCUACAGAGUCACAGCUGAGAACAAAGUGGGUCAGAGUAAACCACUGGAAUCUGACAAACCUCACAGGGCCAAGAGUCCUUAUGACAAACCAUCAGCACCUGAAGGUCCAAUAGAGGUCACUGAUGUAACAGAGAAAUCUGCUGUGUUGUCAUGGAAACCACCAAAGAGUGAUGGUGGGUCACAGCUAACAGCCUACAUCAUAGAAGGUCGAGAAACCAGACGUUCAACAUUCAAAAAAGUGGGAGAAGUUUCACCAGCAUCCACAGAAUUUACUGUCAGAGAUUUGGCACUGGGAAAUGAAUAUAUCUACCAAGUCAUUGCUGUAAACAAAGAAGGACAAAGUCCACCACUACAGACCAAACACAACGUUAAACCAACCAAGGAAAUAACAACCCCAGGAGCACCCAGCUUCGUCAAAGUCACUAAAACUGGAAAGGACUUUGCAGAUCUUGAAUGGGGUAAACCUAAAUCAGAUGGAAACACCAAGAUUACUGCCUAUCACAUAAGACUGGCCAAAGGUCAACCAGACAACUGGACAGAUGUGGCUAAAGUCAAUAGUUACGAUGAACACUUUACUGUUAAAGAUCUUGAGGAAGGUGUAGAUUACUACUUUGCUUUGGCAGCUGAAAAUGAGGCAGGAAUUGGAAAACAAGUUGAAACUGACCAAUCAGUAAAACCAAGUAAACCUAAAGAAAAGCCAGAUGUACCAGGAGCUCCAUUGGAAGCUACUGACAUUUCAAAGGACAAAGUAACAUUGUCAUGGAAACCAAGCCCCAAAGAUGGUGGAUCACCAAUCACUGCCUAUAACAUAGAAAGCCGUGACAGUUGGAAAGCAAAAUGGAUGCCAGCAGGAAAAACUGAACCUGACACUUGUACCUUUACUGUUGAUAAAUUGAAGGAAAAACAGGAAUAUUACUUUAGGAUCUGUGCUGAAAAUGUUGUCGGAAAAUCUGACUACCUUGAAACACCAAAAGCCAUCACACCAAAGAGUAAAUUUGACAAACCAAGUGCACCUGAAGGUCCUUUAGAUGUGUCAGAUUUAACAGAAAAAUCUGCCGUGUUGUCAUGGAAACCACCAAAGUCAGAUGGAGGCUUGCCUCUUUCUGGUUACAUUAUUGAAAGGAAAGACAACAAACGUUCUAAUUGGGUCAAAGUUGACAAAGUAUCACCAGAGACAACAACCUACAAAGCUAACAACAUGUUUGAAGGAAACACAUACACAUACCGUGUUCUGGCGGAGAACAAGGAGGGAAUCAGUCCAGCACUUGAAACAAGGGAAUCCAUAAAACCCACAAAACAAGCAGCUGUACCAGAUUCACCAAGAGGACCACUAAAAUUAUCAAACAUCACACCAAAAUCAUGUGACCUAACAUGGAAAUCACCUGACAACGAUGGUGGAGCACCAGUUGUUGAGUUUGUCAUUGAAUCUUCAACAAAUGGUGAGGACUGGAUCCCAGUUGGAAAAGUAGAUAAAUUUAGCAACACCUUCAAAGUCAAAGAAUUAGAAGAUGGUAAACAGUAUAGCUUCAGAGUUUGUGCUGUUAACAAAGUUGGACCAAGUAAACCUCUGACUUCAGAUUCUGUUAAAAUAGAAAAAGCACCAUCAGUUCCUGAAAAACCUGAAGGACCACUAGAAGUCAAGGACAUUCAUAAGGAUUCCAUGACAUUGUCAUGGCAACCACCAACAUCAGAUGGAAAUUCACCAAUCACAGGUUACAUCAUUGAAAAACGUGAACCCUCUAGAAACUUAUGGUCCCCAGUGAAACGUGUAAGUGGAGAUGUGACAUCUUGCAUUGCUGACAAACUCCAGGAAGGAAAGGAAUAUAUCUACAGAGUCACAGCAGAGAACAAAGUGGGUCAGAGUAAACCACUGGAAUCUGACAAACCUCACAAAGCCAAGAGUUCUUAUGAUAAGCCAUCAGCACCUGAAGGUCCAAUAGAGGUCACUGAUGUAACAGAGAAAUCUGCUGUAUUGUCAUGGAAACCACCAAAGAGUGAUGGUGGAUCACCACUUACAGCCUACAUCAUAGAAGGACGUGAAACCAGACGUUCAACAUUUAAAAAAGUGGGAGAAGUUUCACCAACAUCCACAGAAUUUACUGUCAGAGAUUUGGCUCUGGGAAAUGAAUAUGUCUACCAAAUCAUCGCUGUAAACAAAGAAGGUCAAAGUCCACCAUUACAGACCAAAGACAAAGUUAAACCAACCAAAAAGAUCUCUGUCCCAGAAUCACCAAGAGGACCACUCAAAGUCUCCAACAUCAAACCAAAAUCAUGUGACCUAUCAUGGAAGUCACCUGACAGUGAUGGUGGAGCAUCAGUUCUUGAGUUUGUCAUUGAAUCUUCAACAAAUGGUGAGGACUGGAUCCCAGUUGGAAAAGUAGAUAAAUUUAGCAACACCUUCACUGUCAAAGAAUUAGAAGAUGGUAAACAGUAUAGUUUCAGAGUUUAUGCUGUUAACAAAGUUGGACCAAGUAAACCUCUGACCUCAGAUUCUUUUAAAAUAGAAAAAGCAGCACCAACUUCAGAAAGACCUGAAAAACCAGAAAAACCUGAAGGUCCACUAGAAGUCAAGGACAUUCUGAAAGAUUCCAUGACAUUGUCAUGGCAACCACCAAAAUCAGAUGGAGGUUCACCAAUCACAGGUUACAUCAUUGAAAAACGUGAACCCUCCAGAAACUUAUGGUCCCCAGUGAAACGUGUCAGUGGAGAUGUGACAUCUUGCGUUGCUGACAAACUCCAGGAAGGAAAGGAAUAUAUCUACAGAGUCACAGCUGAGAACAAAGUGGGUCAGAGUAAACCACUGGAAUCUGACAAACCUCACAAAGCCAAGAGUCCUUAUGACAAACCAUCAGCACCUGAAGGUCCAAUAGAGGUCACUGACAUUACUGAAAAAUCUGCUGUAUUGUCAUGGAAACCACCUAAAAGUGACGGAGGAUCACCACUUACAGCUUACAUCAUAGAAGGUCGUGAUACAAGACGAUCAACAUUUAAAAAAGUGGGAGAAGUUUCACCAACAUCCACAGAAUUUACUGUCAGUGAUAUGGUCCUGGGAAAUGAAUAUGUCUACCAAAUCAUCGCCAUAAACAAAGAAGGUCAAAGUCCACCAUUACAGACCAAAGACAAAGUUAAACCAGUGAAAGAAAUAAGCAAACCAGGAGCACCAACUGCCUUGAAAAUAAAAAAAUCUGGAGUUAAUUUUGCCGACCUAGAAUGGGGUAAACCUAAAUCAGAUGGAAACUCCAAGAUUACCAACUAUCACAUCAGACUGGCCAAAGGUCAACCAGAGAACUGGACAGAUGUGGCUAAAGUAAAAAAUUAUGAAGAGCACUACACUGUUAAAAAUCUUGAGGAAGGUGUAGAUUACUACUUUGCUGUGGCAGCUGAAAAUGAGGCAGGAAUUGGAAAACAAGUUGAAACAGAUGAAUCCAUUAGACCAUCUAAACCAAAACAAGAAACUCAAGUUCCAGAUAAAGAAAAACCAGCAGCACCGAAAGGCCCACUAGAGGCUAGUGACAUUUCAAAGGACAAAGUAACAUUGUCAUGGAAACCAAGCCCCAAAGAUGGUGGAUCACCAAUCACUGCCUAUAACAUAGAGAGCCGUGAUGGUAGAAGAGCAAAAUGGAUCCCAGUAGGAAAAUGUGAAGAUGACACUUGUACCUUUACUGUGGAUAAAUUGAAGGAAAAACAGGAAUAUUACUUUAGGGUCUGUGCUGAAAAUGUUGUCGGAAAAUCUGACUACCUUGAAACACCAAAAGCCAUUACACCAAAGACCCCAGAAGCUGUGCCAUCUGCUCCUGAAGGACCACUUGUUAUCAGUGAUGUCACACAUAAGAGCGUUGUGAUCUCAUGGCGACCACCUAAGAGUAAUGGAGGUCUUGAACUAACUGCUUACAUCAUAGAAAGACGAGAUGUCAAAAAGACAUCCUGGGUUAAAGUAGAUCAAAUAAAGCCUAAAAUUAGGACCUACUGUGUACAAAAGCUGGCUGAAGGAAAUGAGUAUUAUUUCCGAGUGUUUGCUGAAAACAAGAAGGGUUUGAGUGAACCGUUACAAUCAGCUGAAGCUGUUUUGAUUUGCCAUGAUGCAGGUCCACCCUCUGCACCGGUAGGACCAGUCCACUUCACCGUGGUAACAGCUGAUUCUGCUACAUUCAAUUGGUCACCACCAAGAGAAGAUGGAGGCAGUCCUGUUACAGCUUACAGAAUCUUGUUAUCUAUGGAUGACUCUGAUUGGUCAGAAGUUACCAAAGUGGAUAAACAUGUCAAAGAAUACACAGCCACAAAACUUGAGGAAGGACACAGUUAUGUGUUCCGUAUCAUUGCUGUCAACAAAGUUGGAGAGAGUAAACCUCUGGAAUCUGAAUCUGUAACUCCAAAGAAACAAGCAGGUAAACCAUCUAAACCAGUUGGACCUAUCAAAGUACUUGAUAUCAAGCGAGACUCAGCCACCAUUGAAUGGCAAGCACCAGAAACUGAUGGCGGUUCUCCUCUGAAACAUUACAUCAUUGAGAUGAGAGAGGCCAAACGUGCCACUUGGAAGAAAGUUACUACAAUUGAACCAAACAUUACAAGUUACUGUCUUCAGAAAUUGUCAGAAAAUGUGGACUAUUUCUUCAGAGUGUUUGCUGAGAACAAAGUGGGUAUCAGUGAACCAUUGGAAAUGGACCAACCAAUCACAAUCAAGAGUCCUUAUGAAAAACCAUCAGCACCUGUGGGACCACUUGAAAUCUCCAAUGUCACUCUGGAUUCUGCAUCAUUGUCAUGGAAACCACCAAAGAGUGAUGGUGGAUCCCCUCUAACAAAAUACAUCAUAGAGGUCAGAGACACUCGUAGAGCACACUGGACAAAGGCUGGUGAAGUCAAACCAGAGGUCACAACGUAUACUGUUGGAAAACUUCUGCUAAACAAUGAAUAUAUGUUCCAAGUGUCUGCUGUAAAUGCAGAAGGUCAAAGUCCACCAUUGACCUCAGAUAAAACUGCUAAACCUACAAAGAAACUCAGUCCACCCUCACCACCACAAAAUGUCAAGGUCACAAAAGUCAGCAAGAAUACUGCCCACCUUGAGUGGUCUCCUCCUGUUAGUGAUGGCGGCUCUAAGAUCCGUCGUUACCAAGUCUGGAAGAGAGUAGAGAUGACUGAAGAGUGGGUCAAGGUCACAAAACUUGAACAGUACAAGACCAACCAUGUAAUCACUGACCUUGAAUAUGAAGUGACCUAUGUUUUUGGUGUCACAGCUGAGAAUGACGUAGGAGUGAGUGAGAGAUGUGAUACUGACACUUCUGUCAAAAUACAGAAACCAUUAGAGGCACCAUCACUACCAGUUGGUCCACUAGAAAUAUCAGACAUUGACAAAACAAAAGCCAAGUUAUCAUGGCAACCCAGUGAGAAAGAUGGUGGCUCCCCGAUUACUGGCUACAUCAUAGAAAAACGUGAGGGAUUAAAAUCCACCUACACUGAGGCAGGAAAAACUAAACCUAAUGUAACAAACUUUGAAUUGACUGGACUUAAAGAGGGACAGGAUUACUUUGUACAGGUCAAGGCCGUCAAUGAAGUUGGACCAUCUAAACCUUUAGAUGCUGAGACCUCCUUCACUGCCAAGAGUCCAUACUCUGUACCAUCAGCACCAAGAGAUUUCAGUGUCAAAGAUUCUACAGCAACAACAGUUACUUUGACAUGGAAAGCACCUGAAUCAGAUGGUGGAUUACCAAUCAAGAUCUACUUCCUUGAGAGGAAGGAAAAGAAAUUUGGACCAUGGGUCAAAGAGAGAAAAAUCAAGGCCCAAACAACAGAGUUUACUGUUGAAGGACUACGUGAGGGUGUGGACUACUAUUUCAGAUUGUCAGCAGAAAAUGACGAGGGCUCCAGCAAACCUGUUGAACUUUCACAAGUUAUACAACUUAAAAAACAACCAAUUGUGCCAGAUAUGCCAGUUGGACCAAUCAAAUUCACUCACAUUGUUGAAACUGGUGUCACAUUAGAGUGGUCACCACCAAGAAACAAUGGAGGAGCUCCAAUCACUGGAUACAGACUUGAACUGACCAUUGACAGCAAGAUCUGGACAGAGGUCACUAUAUGUGAUGGUCAAACUACUAAGACAAAAGUCAGUAAUUUGACAGCUGAACAAACUUAUAGAUUCAGAGUUAUAGCCAUAAACAAGGUUGGAGAUAGUAAACCACUUGAAUCAGGGGAAGUAACUCCAACUAAACCAAAAGGUCCUCCUGGCCCACCAACACAUCCUUUGAUUGGAAAAAUAUUGUCACGUGACUCUGUGGAGUUGUCAUGGCAACCCCCACAAGAAGAUGGUGGUUCACCAAUCACAGAAUAUCUUAUUGAGAAGAGAGAUGUUCAGAGAUCUAUGUGGUCUAGAGUUGAAAAAACAGAUGGCAGCACUUUGAAACUUCUUGUGAAAAAUCUGGAUGAAGGAAAAGAAUUUUUCUUCCGAGUGUUUGCUAUUAACAAACAUGGACAAAGUGAUGCUCUAGAAAUGCCUAAACCAAUUUUGAUGAAGAGUCCAUUUGAUAAGCCAUUAGCUCCUGAAGGACCUUUGAAGUUCUCCAACCUAACAGAAAAUUCUGUAGAAUUGACAUGGAAACCUUCAAAAUCUGAUGGAGGAACUCCGAUAACUAACUACACCAUAGAGAUCAGAGAAUCCAGACGUUCAAUGUGGGGAAAGCAUGGAACUGUAGAUGCAACAACUACCAAAUUCACUGCCAAAAAAUUAGUGGUGGAUAAUGAAUAUAUCUUUAGAAUCAAGGCAAUCAAUGCUGAGGGAGAAAGUCCACCAUUAAAUGGAGAUGACACAGUUACUCCAAAACAGAAACUUGAUCGUCCUGGUCCACCCAAAGACCUCAAAGUCACCAAAAUUGAUGAAAAUGAAAUCACCAUUGAAUGGCGACCACCUAGUAAAGAUGGUGGAUCCAGAGUUAAGAAAUAUCAAAUUUACAUCAAAUCAGAAUCUACAGACAACAAAUGGAUAAAUGUAGCAACUGUUGAUACAUUCAAAAAUUACUUCACCAUUCUUAAGCUGGAACCUAAGAAUAAAUAUUACAUUGGUGUGGCUGCUGAAAAUGAAGUUGGUAAAGGUGAUAUGGCUGAGACUGACAAAACUUACUCACCAAAACAACCAAUCAAACCACCUUCACCUCCUGUUGGACCAUUAGAGUUCAAGGACAUCCAAAGGUCAUCUGUUACAGUAUCUUGGAAACCAAGUGAAGAUGAUGGUGGUUCCCCUGUCACACACUAUGUUGUGGAGAAGAGAGAGAAAACCAAGACCACCUGGAGCUACCUUGAAAAGAUUAAAUCUACUACAACUAGAUACACCAUGACACACUUAAUAGAGAAGACAGAAUACUUUGUCCGUGUGAAAUCAGAGAACAAAGCUGGUUUAUCUGAACCAUUGGAAGGACAAGAACCAGUGAUUCCAAAGAAUCCAUUCAAUCCACCAGAUGUGCCUGAAGGACCACUUAAAGUAUCUAAUGUCACUGCCAGGUCUGCUGAACUCAGUUGGAAACAACCAAAAAGUGACGGCGGUAAACCUAUCAAACGUUAUGUGGUAGAACAACGUGACUUGAAGAGAAACAAUUGGUACCAAGUGGACACAGUACGUCCAACAAUACAUACAUUGACCCUUGAUAAGUUGAAUGAGGGCAAUGAUUACAUGUUCAGAGUUGUAGCGGAAAACGAUGAAGGAAGAAGUCAGCCAUUGGAGACUACAGAACCUGUAACACCAAGAAGAGCUCCAGUGAAACCAGGCAGUCCAGGCAAAAUCAAGGCUAGUAAUGUUACUCCAGACUCUGUCACUUUGACUUGGAGUGCGCCCAAUGAUGACGGUGGCUCCCCUGUCAAGAAAUACAUCAUAGAGGCCAAGGAUGGAAGAACUGGAAAAUGGGCAGUAGUAGCUGAUGUACCAUCCAAAGUCAGUCAGAAAACAAUACAAGAUCUAGAAGAAGGUGUUGAUUACAUGUUCCGUAUCAGUGCUGUAAAUGACAUUGGUCAAGGUCGUCCUACCAACUUGGACAAAUCAAUAAGACCAAUGAGACCUUUAGAAACACCAGAUGCUCCCAAAGGACCUCUUAAAGCCUAUGAUAUCAAGAAAGAUUCAAUUUCAUUGUCAUGGCAACCACCUGAAUAUGAUGGUGGUAGUCCAUUAACAGGAUACAUCAUAGAAAAGUUUGACAACAAAGUAGGAGGUUGGACGAGAGCUACACGACUGACACCAGAUGUCACUGAUUACACAGUGACUGGACUCACCCGAGGACGGGAAUAUAACUUUAGAGUUUACGCUGAAAACAAACUUGGAGCUAGUGAACCAAUAGAACUACCAGAACCAGUAAUUGCUAAGAGUGAUAUAGAUGUACCAUCAGUACCAAAAGACCUUGAGGUAACAGAGGUCACUGAAGACAGUGUGACCUUAGAAUGGUCUCCACCUGAAUCUAAUGGUGGCGCUCCAAUCAUUGGUUAUCCAAUAGAAAGGAAGGAACCAGGCAGAUCUCAGUGGAUCAGAGUAACCAGGGUAGAACCUGAUGUCACAUGGCAUACUAUCAAAAAUCUACUGGAGGGACGAGGAUAUAUCUUCCGUGUUUAUGCAGAAAAUGCUGAAGGAUUGAGUGAACCUGCUGUCAUUGACAAACCAGCUGUUCCAGAAAGACCACUGGAACGUCCAUCACCACCUGAGAAAUUAGAAACCAUGGCUAUUGAAAAAGACUCCAUCACAAUCCGCUGGAAGAAACCAAAAUCUGACGGUGGUGCUAUGGUCAAUGGUUACAUCAUUGAACAGAAAGAUGACAAAUUUGGCGACUUUACUAAGGUCAAGGAUGUUGGAAGUACAGUACAUAUAUACAAAGCCAAACAUCUGUUAACAGAUAAUGAAUACAUGUUCAGAGUCAAGGCAAAGAACUCAGUGGGUGUAGGAGAACCUGCUGAAAUAAAGGCUAUUAUACAACCAAAGAAAGUCAUUGCAAAACCAUCUAAACCAAAAGGACCACUUGGAGUAUCAGAUAUAACAGAAGAUCAUGUUAAGUUAUCAUGGCAACCACCAGAAAAAGAUGGUGGAUCAAAUUUAACAGCUUACAUUGUUGAAAAAAGUGAAGCUCAACUUCCAAGAUGGCUUAGAGUUGCCAGACUUCCACCAGAUACACUGUCUGCAGAUGUUGACAACCUGAUAGAAAAGAAAGAUUACUAUUUCCGUGUCAUGGCUGAAAAUGAGGCUGGAAUUGGACCUGCUUUGGAAAAUGACCAAGCAAUUGCUCCAAAGAGUAAAUAUGGACCACCAGGUCAACCCAAAGGUCCAUUGAAGGUUAAACCCCUUACCAAGGACAGUGUGACCUUGGACUGGAAGCCUCCUACAACUGAUGGUGGAUCACCUGUCACAUCAUAUUCUAUAGAGAAACGUGAAGGUACCAGACACACCUGGUUCCAUGUUGCAAACACCAGAGGAACUGCUACAGACUACACAGUGACUGGUUUAACAGAGAAUAAAGACUAUGCUUUCAGAGUGUAUGCUGAAAACCGUUAUGGAAGAAGUCAACCAUUAGAGUCGGACCUAAUGGUUGCUCCCAAGAAAGUUAUGGAGCUACCAUCACCUCCAACAUCAUUAAGAGUGAAAGAUGUAACUAAGGACUCUUUGACUUUAACCUGGGAAGCCCCAGAUUCUGGAAAGAAAGGACUUACUGGUUACACGAUAGAGAAACGUACACCUGACAGUGAACACUGGGAACGUGUUACUCGCGUACCUCCUCUUAUCAAGAGCCAUCAUAUUAGUGAUUUACCAGAAGGAGGCACAUUCUUUUUCCGUGUGUUUGCAGAAAAUUCAACUGGUGUCAGUAGUCCAGCUGAAUUAAAGAAACCAGUAGAACUCAAAGGAAGAAAAGAUUGUCCAGGAGCACCACCUAGUGCACCAGAAAUCACAGCACUUGGACCCAAAUUUGUUGAGUUGUCAUGGCAACCACCAGAACAUGAUGGAGGUUCACCAAUCAUUGGUUACAUGUUAGAACGUCAAGAUGUUGCCGGUAGAACAUGGAUGCCAAUUAACAAAGUACCAAUAGCAGACACAAAGUACAGAAUUAAUAACUUGUUUGAAGAUAUUCCAUAUCGUAUCAGAGUGAGAGCUGUCAAUGACGAAGGAGCCAGCGAACCAUCUCCUGAGACGGAACAGUUUUACUGCCGGGAACAGAAAGUGAUGGAAGCUCCUCAAUUCUCCAAGAAGAUUGAAGACCUGUCAGCAGUAGAUGGAAAAGAGGCCAAAUUUACCUGUGAAGUCACUGGUCUACCUAUGCCUAAUGUUUCCUGGUACAGGAAUUACAGAGAGGUAUUUACUGGUAGACAUUACCUCAUCAAGAGUGAGAAUGGUGUCCACACACUUAUCAUCAAAGAUGUUGAGGAAGGUGGCGAUUCUACCAUUGAAUGUGUGGCAAAGAACCGCAUGGGAUCAGCCACAACCAAGGCCAGGAUGGAAGUUCUAGUACAUCCCAAGAUUGUUGAAGUACCACCUAGAUACCUUGACGGACUGUACAUCUGUAAAGGGGACACAAUCCAGGUCAGAAUUCAGUAUCGUGGCAAACCAGAGCCAAACGUUACAUGGUCUGUGGAAGGAGAAGUUAUUGAACGUAAACGUCGUGUUGACAUUAAAGUGACACCUAAACACUCUACUCUGACAAUUAAUGAUUCAGAAAGACCGGAUAGUGGAACCUACAAAAUCAGUGUUGAAAACAAACUUGGAAGUGACUCUCUUAAUAUACCGAUCAAGGUCAUUGAACGUCCUGGACCACCAGAAGGGAAACCAGUCAUUACUGGUAUCAACAAAUUUGCUAUCAAGAUGACCUGGCAGGAACCAGAAGAUAAUGGUGGUGCACCAAUCACUGGUUACAUUGUUGAGAAAUGUGAUGUACAAACUGGAGCAUGGAGACGUGCAGCUACAUCUAAAACACCUUUCUCUGCUGUUGAUUGUCUGGAGGAGUUUAAAGAAUACAAGUUCCGUGUUUUAGCUGAGAACACGAUUGGAAUCAGUGAGCCAGGACCUGAAUCAGAUGUUAUCAUGACAAGAGAACAAGUACCUGAUGUUGACUAUGACAGCAUGUAUGAUGCCAGCUUCAGAGGAAAUAAUGUGAACCCAGACCGCAUUAAAGGUGACGUCCUUGGAAAAUACAUCAUUUGUGAAGAAAUUGGACGUGGAGCUUUUGGUGUUGUACAUCGUGCCAUUGAGAGAGCAACCAAUAAGAACUGGGCUGCCAAAUUUAUUCGCUGUAAACCACAUGAAAAGGAGAUUGUGAGACAUGAAAUAGACAUCAUGAAUGACCUGCAUCAUGCCAAACUCUUACAGUUACAUGAAGCCUUUGACCAGACCGGAGAAAUGGUCACCAUCUUAGAAUUGUUGAGUGGUGGCGAAUUGUUUGACCGACUAGUCCAGGAAGACUUUGAUUUCACAGAAAAGGAUUGUAUCACCUACAUGAAACAGAUCUGUGAAGGUGUCAGACACAUGCACAGACAGAACAUCCUACAUCUUGACCUCAAGCCCGAAAAUGUGAUGUUUGUUACCAAGGAUAGUAAUGAUCUAAAGAUUAUUGACUUUGGAUUAGCCCAGAAAUUAGAGGAGGGAAAAACCGUCAAAGUUCUUUUUGGAACAGCAGAAUUCUGUGCUCCAGAAAUCAUCAGCUUUGAACCAGUAUCUUUCUCUACUGACAUGUGGGCACUUGGUGUUAUGUCAUAUGUAAUUCUAAGUGGAUAUUCUCCUUUUGCUGGAGAGAAUGAUUUAGACACAUUUGCUAACAUCACACUUGGUGAUUUUGACUUUGAAGAUGAGGUGUGGAAUGACAUUUCUGAUGAUGCCAAAGAUUUUAUCCAGAAACUGAUGUUAAAAGACAAGAGCGAUAGAUUGACAAUUGAUGAUGCUCUCGGUCAUCCUUGGCUCAAUCCAAGAGAACCUAAAGUUGAUGCCAAGACUCUGAAGCAUGGUGCUGCUGAGAAGAAACUCACAGGCAAGAAAUUGUCAACACUCCAUCACAAAGACUACCAUGACAAACAUAGACACAAGGAAGAUGACCUUGACCUUCUACCCAUCGGUAAACUGUCCAGAAAUAGCGCCAUCUUCAGGAAAGAAGGAGAUGACGGUGUAUUUGCCAGGAACCUGGUGAUGGAAAUGCCACCCCAUGCUCCUGUUGUUAUGGAGCCUUUGACAGAUACAGAUGGAUACGAAGGAUCACGUGUAGAAUUAACCUGUAAGAUUAGUGGUAAACCGUCUCCAAAGAUCACAUGGUUCCUUAACGGAGAUGAGAUUUUGGAGGACAAGAAAUAUCACAUGUUGUACAAAGACAAUUAUGCUUCAUUAUUGAUAAAUGAUCUUGAAGUAGAAGAUGCUGGAAAAUACCGCUGUAAGGCUGUCAAUGAAUUUGGAGAUGUGUCAACAACAGGAAAACUCAGUGUUGAUGAAAAGAAACACAGAAGAAGAAGGAAGAAACCAGCAGACGAAGCCAUUGCCAAGAUGCAAUAUCCCCGACAUGACUAUGAUACAAGUUUGUUAGACAAUAGUGUACCACCAUCAUUCACACUGCCACUGAUUGACCAAGUCAAACGUGUGGGAGAGGCUCUAGAACUCACUGUUACAGUGACCUGUCGUCCAGAACCUGAUGUGACCUGGUACCACAAUGGUAAAGUUAUCAAAUCAUCCGAGAGAUAUGACUUAGAGCACAUGAAGGGUGUAUAUCGUCUGAUUAUACAUGAAAUUGCUCCUGAAGAUGCAGGACAAUGGCAAUGUGAGGCAGUCAAUCAGUAUGGAAGCUCAAUGUGUGCUUGUGAUGUUAAAGUCAUAGAAACCAUCCCAGAGGGAGCUGUUCCACCUAAAUUCACCAAAGGAUUAGAGGAUACUACAAUUGUAGAGGGCAGCUCUGUAAGACUAGAGAUCAAGGUCAAGGGAUUCCCAGAACCAGAAAUAGAGUGGUACAAAGAAAGACGACUUCUGUUCUCUGGACGUCAUUUCACAGUCUCAACUGAAGGUGAUCUCCACGUACUGACUAUCAGUGAUACGUACCACCAAGACACAGGCAGAUACAUGUGCAGAGCUGUCAAUGUUGUAGGAGCUACUACAACGGAGGCCAUUCUCCGUGUACAGAAAGCACCAAAGGAAGAUGAACUAGAUUCCUUCCAAUCACCAUCAACCUUCCAGCCAAUCAAACCUGUCACAGCAGAAACCACAGAAACACCAAUGAGAAGGUUCAAAAUAGAAACACCACCAAACUUCACAGCCAAACUGAAGGACAAGACAGUCUCUGUAGGAAAUAGUGUGACAUUCACCUGUACAGUUACAGGAAUACCUAAUCCUAAAGUCACAUGGUACAGAGACGAUCGUGAUGUCACCAAGGAGUCUCGAUAUCUCGUCAGGAACAAAUAUGGUCUGUUAUCACUAGAGAUCAUGGAUGUUACUGAGAGAGAUAUGGGACAAUUCACGUGUAAAGCCGUAAACAGUGAAGGGGAGGCAACCUGCACUGCUUCUCUUGAAGUAGUUGCUGCUGAAAAGGAACCAGUAAGAGAACCAGUCAGUAAAAGACCCCAGUUUAUUGAACCAUUACAUGACAUUAUUGUUAUGGCUGGAGAGGAAGUGACAUUUAGUUGUAAAGCAACAGGCCAACCAAGCCCAACAUUUAAAUGGCAGAGAGAUGGUACAAACAUAACUGACUCUCGACGUAUUUACAUUGGCUCAGACCGUGAUGGUGUUGCUGAGUUGGUCAUCAGAAGUUCACGAGUCAGUGACUCAGGACUAUAUGGCAUUGUAGCUCAGAACUCAUAUGGACAUACUAGGUGUUCUGCUAGUCUCAAGGUCAAAGCCCGAUCCAGUUCCAAGUCACCACCAUCAACACCAAGCUAUUCUGAGGAGGAAGAAUUCUCUAUGGCAACAAGACUUGAGCGUACAUAUGACAGGAAAAAACCUGUGGAUAUUCCGGGUGGACGCCCACCACAUUUCACCUUGGCCCUUCCCAAGGUCAUUGAAUUAGAUGAAGGUGACAGGUUACAUCUGGACUGCUCUGUAGAGGGCUAUCCUAAACCAUUCUUAACCUGGCAUAAAGGAGUAAGAGAUCUGAAAUAUGACUAUCGACACAAAUCUACUUCUUUCCAUGGAACCUAUACUAUAGAACUACAGGAGGUGAUGAUGUCUGAUGCUGGAGAGUACACAGCUAGAGCCUCUAAUGCCCUCGGGGUUACUGAGGCUAAAUGUAUAGUAAAGAUCAACAGAAAAUCUAAAUACAGAGAAGAAGUACCUACAGAUGAAGCUUUGAAAGCUGCAGGAGAAUACCAUGAAAAUAAAGGAUUUGCACCAUUCUUCAUCAAACAUCUGCCGACUGCCAUGGACGUGAUGGAAGGCAUGAAUGUACAGUAUGACUGUUAUGUGGAAGGGGACAUAACUCUCAUCAAGACUAAACAAUCACAGAUGAAGAAAGUAACAGCACAAUUCACUUCUCAAGAAUUUGAAGGAAAAUAUAAAGACAUUCCAACAAUGGCUAUUCCACCAAUGAUGAUGGGUGGCGCUGGUGCUUCACCUAAACAAAUGAGAAAAUCUGACGCUAAACAAUCCCCUAGAUUUCUUGAAGGACUUGAAGAUCUGACAUGUCGCACAGGUAGUAUUGCUACCUUAACAGUUGUAGUUGAAGCCAAUCCAGAGGCUCACAUUCAGUGGUUUAAAGAUGGCAAAAGACUAAUUAAUUCAGACCACAUAGAGAUAUUCUAUGAAGAUGGUGAAUACAUCGUAGAAAUCUAUGAUACAGAAAUCUCUGACAAAGGCCUGUAUAAAUGUGUGGCAAAGAAUGAACAUGGAUCUGCCGAGACACAGUGUAAACUUACACUAAGAGCACCAGAAGAUUUAGAAGACGAUGAUUUUCAUUUUGAAAAAUCAGAACUACUGGCUUUACCUACAGAUAAACCUGGAAAACACAAGAAAUUUGCACCAAAGUUUGUUGUUGAGUUAGAAUCUGUUGUUGAGGUUUACCCGACAGACGACAUACAAUUUGUUUGUGUUAUUGAUGACACACUAGACAAAGUUUGGUGGGAAAAAGAUGGCAAAGAGCUUCCAAGUACUACCAAUUCUUCUAUCAAACAAGAAGCUGACGGAACACAACAGUUAGAGAUCAGAAAUGUUGAUCCUAAAGACCAAGGACUAUACACAUGUAAAGCUAAGACCAAAUCUGGGGAAAUUCUCAGAACUGAUGCUAAACUUGUUGUUAAAGAUAAAUCAAAGGCUGAUACUGCAAGCAGUGAUUCUGCUAAACCAAAGUUUACAAGACAAUUAAAAGACAUUUUCUGUAAAGAUGGGGACAAUGUGACCUUGGAAUGUGAAAUUCAAGGUCAGCCCCGCCCACAGAUCACAUGGUACAGAGAAAGCAAGGAAAUUUUGGACAGCCAGGAUUUCCAGAUAAGUGCCAUUGGAGACAAAUGUAAAUUAAUUAUUAUGGAAGUUUUCCCUGAAGAUGAUGGAAAAUACUCAUGUAAAGCCGUCAGUGAGAAAGGGGAAGCAACUACCUCAUGCCAACUUCUUGUUGAAGACCCUGCCUCUUUUUACCUUGACUCAGCCUCUGUAUCAUCCAUUGGAUCAAGUGUUAGUCGUGGUGAUCGGAAAUCAGCGACACCUGCAAGACCAACAAAGUAAACAAAAACAAUCAUGAACUUGACCACAAUUAUCUUAUUCAAUUUUGGAAACUGCAUUAUUUUCAUAUGUUAAUCUUGAUCUGGACAAGGUCAACGACCCUCUGACCUUCUGCAGAACACGAAUUUUCAUCAGAUGAACCUCAUUUAAUAUUUCCAAAGUUGGAAUAGAACUAUAAAUACCGAAUUUGACAACCCUGACAACUUUCAUGGACUUGACAAUUAUCUCUCUACACCAGGAUUUGACAAAUAAACUACCUAAUUUGACUUAUUUAUUACCGGACAUUAUUGUUACCAUAGAAACAUCAGAAAAUUGUUACCAUGACUACCAGCAAACCUGUGAUAAGGACUAUUUAUUUAUUUGAUGUGCAAUAAAGUAGUAUAGAAAAAAUA